AUGCUUUCUUUUCUUGCCCACCCUGGUGUUUCCGUAGCUGCUGAGUGUAAUAGUGACUUAGAAUGCCCGAACAACAAAGCUUGCAUCAACUUCCAAUGCGUUAACCCGUGCACGCUGAGAGGAGCCUGCGGACUGAACGCCCUGUGCGAGACGAUUCUACAUAGACCUAGAUGUUCCUGUCCAGAAUGCUACGUUGGUAUGGCAGGCACGGCGUGUUAUCCCGAUGAGAAAUGUUUGACGAUACAUGGAAGACCUAACAAGAUACAUUGUUUAUCGAACGAAGAUUGCUCUGAUAAUUUGGCUUGUGAAAUAUCGACUGGAGAAUGUGUAGAUCCCUGCGAGAACAAAUCGUUUAAAUGCAGAGGAAAUAAGAAGUGUGAAGUACACCAUCAUAGACCAACAUGUGUCUGUAAGAAAGGUUUUCUGGUCAAUGAUCAAGGAGAGAUAUCUUGUGCUCCUGACAACACUGAAUGUUACCAAGACAGCCAUUGUCCUACGAAUAAAUCCUGUAUACAGGGACUUUGCCAGAAUCCUUGCACAGCUCACGGCAGAUCAGCCUGUCCCGCUGACAAAAGCUGUGACGUGGUUAACCAUAAACCAGUUUGUAUUUGUUUGAAAGAUUGUACUCCUUCUUUGUCGAUAUGUUUAAGAGACAACGGUUGCCCGCAAGAUCAAGCUUGCAGAGCGUUUAGAUGCGAAGAUCCAUGCAAAACCGCCAAUUGUCCAGAAAGCACGCCAUGCUUCGUAGAAGAUCACAAACCGAAAUGCCAAUACUGCCCGCCUGGUUUUAAAACUGAUCCUAAAUAUGGAUGCGUUAAAGAUAUACAAUGUCGCUCACACGAUGAGUGUCACAUCAAUCUGGCAUGCAUAAACCGAAAGUGCCAAAACCCAUGUGCCGUUUCGAACCCUUGUACCCAGUCGCACGACUGUAAAGUACAAGAACAUCAACCAGUGUGCGUCAAAGUUUGUCAAUGCCAACGAAAUGAAGACUGUGGAAAUAUCAACUUCCAAUGUGAUGGCUGCCAAUGCGUACCAGGCGAACCUCGAAUUCCUCUAUGCUCUCACUGCCCACCAGGUGUAUCUUGCGACCCCGUUACAGGGGCCUGUCUGGAGGAUAUGGUUACUACACCUGCAACACUAACCGAAACACAACCCGUGACCUUUUCACAAAUAACAAAUGCUACUACCUCUACUACCAAUCUAACAUUUAGUACAAAUACUGAAGAAACUAGCGCGCCCUCUACCCUGCCUUAUGAACCGAUAGAACCUAGAACUAUACCGGACGAAUUUGAAAUAACGACACAGCGAAAAAUAGUAGUUGUGCCUGAAACUACGACUACUGAAAAAAUUGUAACGAUUACAGCAGAAACACUGAAAUCCGAAGAAACUACAAAACCAUCUGUCAUAUCUACAAUAUAUACAACUUUAUCGUCUAUUUUCACAACUCUUCCCAAAAACGAAACAACGGAAGAGAGUACUACACUAAUGAUUACCACACAAUCAAAAGAAGAAGUUACUACUGGUAGUCCAGAAACCACCAUUACCGGUACAAUUACAACUUCUGCAGAAAUAAUAUCAAAAGAAACAACUACCAGUCGAGAUUCUAAUACAACGAAUGAAACAACAACGAUUAAACCUCCAAUAACUCCUGAAGUUACAACUGUUGGUGCUGAAACCUUGACAACAGGAGAAUAUACAACUUCUGAAGAACGAACAACAAAACAGGAAACUUCUAGUCAAGAGUCUAUUACAACCAGUGAAGCAACAACGACCAAACCUCGAAUAACACCUGAAGUUACAACUUUUGGUACAGAAACCAUGACAACAGUAGGAUAUACUACUUCUGAAGAACGAACAACAAAACGGGAAACUACUAGUGAAGAACAUAUCACUAUUGGUAAAACCACGACAAAACUACCAACAACUCCUGAAGUUACAACUCAUGGUACGGAAAUCUUGACAACAGGAGGAACUACAACUUCUGAAGAACGAACAACAAAACAGGAAACUACUAGUCAAGAAUAUAUUACAACCAGUGAAAUAACAACGACAAAACCCCGAAUAACACCUGAAGUUACAACUUUUGGUACGGAAACCAUGACAACAGGAAGAUAUACAACUUCCGAAGAACAAACAACAAAAGAGGAAACUACUGCUCAAGAAUAUAUUAUAACCAAAGAAACAACAACAGCAAAACCUCGAAUCACUCCUGAAGUUACAACUUUUGGUACGGAAACCAUGACAACAGGUAUAUCUACAACUUCUGAAGAACGAACGCCCAGACAAGAAACUCCUAGUGAAGAAACUAUUACUACUAGUGAAACAACGACAAAACUGCCAACAACUGCUGAAGUUACAACUUAUGGUACAAAAAUCUCGACAACAGGAGGAUCUACAACUUCUGAAGAACAAACAACAAAACAAGAAACUACUAGUCAAGAUUCUAUUACAACCAGUGAAACAACAACGACAAAAUCCCGAAUAACACCUGAAGUUACAACUUUUGGUACAGAAACCAUGACAACAGGAGGAUAUACAACUUCCGAAGAACAAACAACAAAAGAGAAAACUACUGCUCAAGAAUAUGUUACAACCAGUGAAACAAUAACAGCAAAACCUCGAAUAACUCCUGAAGUUACCACUUUUGGUACGGAAACCAUGACAACAGGAGGAUAUACUAUUUCUGAAGAACGAACAACAAAACAGGAAACUACUAAUAAAGAAUAUAUUACAAAAAGUGAAACAACAACGACAAGACCUAUAAUAACUUCUGAAGUUACAACAUUUGGUACGGAAACAACCACAAUAGGUAGAUCUACAACUUCUGAAGAACGAACAACCCGACAAGAAACUCCUAGUGAAGAACCUAUCACUACCAGUCAAACAACGACAAAACUACCAACAACUCCUGAAGUUACAACUUAUGGUACAAAAAUCUUGACAACAGGAGGAUCUACAACUUCUGAAGAACAAACAACAAAACAAGAAACUACUAGUCAAGAAUUUAUUACAACCAGUGAAACAACAACGAUCAAACCUCUAAUAACUUCUGAAGUUACAACUUUUGGUACAAAAACCAUGACAACAGGAGGAUAUACUACUUCCGAAGACCAAACAACAAAAGAGAAAACUACUGCUCAAGAAUACAUUACAACCAGUGAAACAACAACAGCAAAACCUCGAAUAACUCCUGAAGUUACAACUUUUGGUACGGAAACCAUGACAACAGGAGGAUAUACUACUUCUGAAGAACAAAAAACAAACCAGGAAACUACUAUUCAAGAAGCUAAUACAACCAGUGAAACAACAACGAUAAAACCACCAACAAUUCCUGAAAUUACAACUUCUGGUACGGAAACCAAGACAACAGGAGGAUAUAUUACUUCUGAAGAACAAACAACAAAACAGGAAACUACUAGUCAAGAAUAUAUUACUACCAAAGAAACAACAACGGCAAAACCACCAACAACUCCUGAAGUUACAACAUUUGGUACGGAAACAAUCACAGCAGGUAGAUCUACAACUUCUGAAGAACGAACAACCAGACAAGAAACUCCUAGUGAAGAACCUAUUACUACCAGUGAAAUAACGACAAAGCUACCAACAACUUCUGAAGUUACAACUCAUGGUACGGAAAUCUUGACAACAAGAGGAUCUACAACUUCUGAAGAACAAACAACAAAACAGGAAACUACUAGUCAAGAAUCUGAUACAACCAGUGAAAAAACAACGACCAAACCUCGAAUAACUCCUAUAGUUACAACUUUUGGUACAGAAACCAUGACAACAGGAGGAUAUACAACUUCCGAAGAACAAACAACAAAAGAGGAAACGACUAGUCAAGAAUCUAUUACAACCAGUCAAACAACAACGACAAAAUCACCAACAAUUCCUGAAGUUACAAUUUCUGGUACGGAAACCAUGAAAACAGGAGGAUUUACAACUUCUGAAAAACAAACAACAAAACAGGAAACUACUAGUCAAGAAUAUAUUACAACCAGUGAAACAACAACAGCAAAACCUCGAAUAACUCCUGAAGUUACAACCUUUGGUACGGAAACCAUGACAACAGGAGGAUAUACAACUUCUGAAGAACGAACAACAAAACAAGAAACUACUAGUCAAGAAUUUAUUACGAGUGAAAUAACAACGAAAAACCCACUAACAACUCCUGAAGUUACAACUUUUGGUACAGAAUCUAUUACAACUGGUAGAUAUACUACGUCUGAAGAAAUAACAACAAAGCAGGAAUUUACAAGUCAACAACCUACUAGAACCAGUGAGACAACAACUAUAAAGCAACCAACAACCGAAGAAAAAAUUACACCGCAAGAAACUACUACAUCAAAAAGUACUUCAGAGACCUUGUCUACUAAACAAGAAACCACACCGCAAGAAAUUUCUACUCCUGGUUCCGUAGAACCACUUGAGCCAAGAACUAUUCCCGAAGAGACUCAACAAACAACUCAAAGACAAACGCCAAUUUAUACUGAAACUGGAACUGAAAUAUCUGGUACUACCCAAAAAGUUACGGGUUUAAUGAUAGAUACAAGUACUACAGAAGAAGUUAAAACUACUACAGUAGAACAACCAGUAGAAGUUGAAAUACUACCUACAACAGAACAAAAAGAACUAGAAUCUACUACUACCCAAAAAGUUACUGAUGUAAUGAUAGAUACCACAACUACAGAAAAAGUUAAAACUACUACAGUAGAACAACCAGUAGAAGUUGAAAUAUUAACAACAAAACAAAAAGACUUUACUGGUACAACAACUCAACGAACCACCGAAAGUGAAACAUUAAAAACUACUGAAAGUGUCCAAACAACUACAGAAAAACAACCUAUAGAAGUUGACCCACUAACUACAACGAAACAACAAGAACUAGAAUCCACAACUGGGAAAAGUCUUACAGAAAUAACUACAGAAUACAUUGAAUUAAUUACUACUAAGAUUUUCACAACUCUUGGAGUAACCACAUCUGAAAUAAAUACGGAACCAACUGCAGGUACCAACAUAACUCAGCAAACACAAAGCACUGAAGAAGUAACAACGCAGCGAUAUUUGACUACAAAAAAAGGUAGUGAAUUUACAACAAGUCAAGAACUAACUACUCAACAAGAAAUUACAACUGAUAAUAUAGAAACUACUUUAGGUCAAAGAAUCACCACUUCUGAAGAAAAAACGACUACCGAUGAAAUUACAACCCAAACCCCUACUACAAAGCAAUAUUUUACUACUAUAAAAGAAAUUACAAUGCCAUCAACUGCUGGUACUACUGAGUACAUUACAACAACUGAAGGAAAAGUAAUUAUUCAUGCACAAACGACAGCUUCUGAAAAAAUUGUAACAAUAACACCUCAGUAUAUAACAAUGCCAACAAAGGAAAAAGAAACAGAUUUGCCGCCUUCUACAACGGAGGAACAAAUAACUCAUACGACACCAGCAAUUUUCACUGAAACAUUAACUCCAGCAUCUAUUGAACCAGUUGAGUCCAGAACAAUACAAGAACAAAUAGAAACUACUACAGAAGGAGUAACUUUCGUAUAUCCUGAAACAACUACUUCUCAAAAAUAUGUAACCAUUACUCCACAGUAUCCAACAACUAAGAAAGAAACGGAGACUGUACUGAUUUUAGAAACAACAAAACCCUCAAUAGUUACUCUAGAAAUAAACCAAUACACAACAACAAGUAUUUCAACUGAAAAAACUACUAAAGAUAUAGGAACACAAACUACAACUGAAAAACUUGGGAUAACAACUGAAUUAGAAAUGACAUUCAUAACGGAAUUAACACAAAAUAAAACUACUUCAGGUCUUAACCAAAUGUCUGACACAACACCCAGUGCAAUAAUUACAGAAGUUACAACGAGUCCAACGCAACCACCAUUGGUAACACAUGGUAUAACAUAUCCUACCUCCAUUGAAACUACUUCAAAAAUAACUGAAGUACCUAGCAUAGAAAUAUUUAAUGCAACAACUGCCACUGAGUCCACUGUUGCAAUCACAUCUCAAAAAUUAGAAACAACUACAUCAACUAAACAUUCAACGUAUGCUCCUACUACUAAAGGAAUUGGGGAGCAAACUAGCACUAGUAGCGAAAAACAAGAAGUCACCUUCUCUACCAUUACUUCAAAUGUUGUAACAGAGCAAACAGUGCCAGUUACAAGAGAAGGUAAAGAAAAGGUGUACACUACAGAGAAACUACAAGAAACAACAUUUGCGCCUAUUACAACAGAACGUGUAACUGAAAAAACUGGCGAAGAAUAUACUACAACGGUUACUACAGAAGGCAAAAAAAAGAUAUAUACGACAGAAUCAACUUUGGUUCCUACGACUGCCCAAAGACAAGAAACUACAUUUGCACCGGGCACAACAGAAAUUGUAACUGAACAAACAGGAGGGGAAUAUACUGUUAAGGUUACUACAGAAGGCAAGGAAAAAAUAUACACUGCAGAAUCAACUUCAGCUCCAACGACUGCUCAAAGAGAAGAAACAACAUUUGCACCUAUUACAACAGAACGUGUAACUGAACAAACUGGAGGAGAAUACACUGCUAAGGUUACUACAGAAGGCAAAGAAAAGAUAUAUACGACAGAAUCAACUUUGGCUCCUACGACUGCCCAAAGACAAGAAACUACAUUUGCACCAGGUACUACAGAAAUUGUAACUGAACAAACAGGAGGAGAAUAUACUGUUAAGGUUACUACAGAAGGCAAAGAAAAAAUAUACACUACAGAAUCAACUUCAGCUCCAACGACUGCUCAAAGAGAAGAAACAACAUUUGCACCUAUUACAACAGAACGUGUAACUGAACAAACUGGAGGAGAAUACACUGCUAAGGUUACUACAGAAGGCAAAGAAAAGAUAUAUACGACAGAAUCAACUUUGGCUCCUACGACUGCCCAAAGACAAGAAACUACAUUUGCACCAGGUACUACAGAAAUUGUAACUGAACAAACAGGAGGAGAAUAUACUGUUAAGGUUACUACAGAAGGCAAAGAAAAAAUAUACACAGAACCAACUUUAGCUCCAACGACUGCUCAAAGAGAAGAAACAACAUUUGCACCUAUUACAACAGAACGUGUAACUGAACAAACUGGAGGAGAAUACACUGCUAAGGUUACUACAGAAGGCAAAGAAAAGAUAUAUACGACAGAAUCAACUUUGGCUCCUACGACUGCCCAAAGACAAGAAACUACAUUUGCACCAGGUACUACAGAAAUUGUAACUGAACAAACAGGAGGAGAAUAUACUGUUAAGGUUACUACAGAAGGCAAAGAAAAAAUAUACACAGAACCAACUUUAGCUCCAACGACUGCCCAAAGUACAUUUGCACCAGGCACUACAGAAGUUGUAACUAAACAAACAGAAGAAGAAUAUACUGUUAAGGUUACUACAGAAGGCAAAGAAAACAUAUACACAGAAUCAACUUUAGCUCCAACGACUGCUCAAAGAGAAGAAACAACAUUUGCACCUAUUACAACAGAACGUGUAACUGAACAAACUGGAGGAGAAUACACUGCUAAGGUUACUACAGAAGGCAAAGAAAAGAUAUAUACGACAGAAUACACUUUGGCUCCUACGACUGCCCAAAGACAAGAAACUACAUUUGCACCAGGUACUACAGAAAUUGUAACUGAACAAACAGGAGGAGAAUAUACUGUUAAGGUUACUACAGAAGGCAAAGAAAAAAUAUACACAGAACCAACUUUAGCUCCAACGACUGCUCAAAGAGAAGAAACAACAUUUGCACCUAUUACAACAGAACGUGUAACUGAACAAACUGGAGGAGAAUACACUGCUAAGGUUACUACAGAAGGCAAAGAAAAGAUAUAUACGACAGAAUCAACUUUGGCUCCUACGACUGCCCAAAGACAAGAAACUACAUUUGCACCAGGUACUACAGAAAUUGUAACUGAACAAACAGGAGGAGAAUAUACUGUUAAGGUUACUACAGAAGGCAAAGAAAAAAUAUACACAGAACCAACUUUAGCUCCAACGACUGCUCAAAGAGAAGAAACAACAUUUGCACCUAUUACAACAGAACGUGUAACUGAACAAACUGGAGGAGAAUACACUGCUAAGGUUACUACAGAAGGCAAAGAAAAGAUAUAUACGACAGAAUCAACUUUGGCUCCUACGACUGCCCAAAGACAAGAAACUACAUUUGCACCAGGUACUACAGAAAUUGUAACUGAACAAACAGGAGGAGAAUAUACUGUUAAGGUUACUACAGAAGGCAAAGAAAAAAUAUACACAGAACCAACUUUAGCUCCAACGACUGCCCAAAGUACAUUUGCACCAGGCACUACAGAAGUUGUAACUAAACAAACAGAAGAAGAAUAUACUGUUAAGGUUACUACAGAAGGCAAAGAAAACAUAUACACAGAAUCAACUUUAGCUCCAACGACUGCUCAAAGAGAAGAAACAACAUUUGCACCUAUUACAACAGAACGUGUAACUGAACAAACUGGAGGAGAAUACACUGCUAAGGUUACUACAGAAGGCAAAGAAAAGAUAUAUACGACAGAAUACACUUUGGCUCCUACGACUGCCCAAAGACAAGAAACUACAUUUGCACCAGGUACUACAGAAAUUGUAACUGAACAAACAGGAGGAGAAUAUACUGUUAAGGUUACUACAGAAGGCAAAGAAAAAAUAUACACAGAACCAACUUUAGCUCCAACGACUGCUCAAAGAGAAGAAACAACAUUUGCACCUAUUACAACAGAACGUGUAACUGAACAAACUGGAGGAGAAUACACUGCUAAGGUUACUACAGAAGGCAAAGAAAAGAUAUAUACGACAGAAUCAACUUUGGCUCCUACGACUGCCCAAAGACAAGAAACUACAUUUGCACCAGGUACUACAGAAAUUGUAACUGAACAAACAGGAGGAGAAUAUACUGUUAAGGUUACUACAGAAGGCAAAGAAAAAAUAUACACAGAACCAACUUUAGCUCCAACGACUGCUCAAAGAGAAGAAACAACAUUUGCACCUAUUACAACAGAACGUGUAACUGAACAAACUGGAGGAGAAUACACUGCUAAGGUUACUACAGAAGGCAAAGAAAAGAUAUAUACGACAGAAUCAACUUUGGCUCCUACGACUGCCCAAAGACAAGAAACUACAUUUGCACCAGGUACUACAGAAAUUGUAACUGAACAAACAGGAGGAGAAUAUACUGUUAAGGUUACUACAGAAGGCAAAGAAAAAAUAUACACAGAACCAACUUUAGCUCCAACGACUGCCCAAAGUACAUUUGCACCAGGCACUACAGAAGUUGUAACUAAACAAACAGAAGAAGAAUAUACUGUUAAGGUUACUACAGAAGGCAAAGAAAAAAUAUACACAGAAUCAACUUUAGCUCCAACGACUGCUCAAAGAGAAGAAACAACAUUUGCACCUAUUACAACAGAACGUGUAACUGAACAAACUGGAGGAGAAUACACUGCUAAGGUUACUACAGAAGGCAAAGAAAAGAUAUAUACGACAGAAUCAACUUUGGCUCCUACGACUGCCCAAAGACAAGAAACUACAUUUGCACCAGGUACCACAGAAAUUGUAACUGAACAAACAGGAGGAGAAUAUACUGUUAAGGUUACUACAGAAGGCAAGGAAAAAAUAUACACGACAGAAUCAACUUCAGCUCCAACGACUGCUCAAAAAGAAGAAACAACAUUUGCACCUAUCACUACAGAAAUUAUAACUGAACACACAAGAAAAGAAUAUACUGGAAAGGUAACAACAGAACUCAAAGAAAAAGCAACAGAAUCAACUUUGGCUCCUACUACUGCUCAAAGACAAGAAACUACAUUUGCGCCUAUUACAACCGAACGUGUAACUGAACAAACUGGAGGAGAAUAUACUGCAAAGGUUACUACAGAAGGUAAGGAAAAAAUAUACACUACAGAAUCAACUUCAGCUCCAACGACUGCUCAAAGAGAAGAAACAACAUUUGCACCUAUUACAACAGAACGUGUAACUGAACAAACUGGUGGAGAAUAUACUGGAAAGGUAACAACAGAAACCAAAGAAAAAGCAGAAUCAACUUUGGCUCCUACGACUACCCAAAGACAAGAGACUACAUUUGCACCAGGUGCCACAGAAAUUGUAACUGAACAAACAGGAGGAGAAUAUACUGCAAAGGUUACUACAGAAGGUAAGGAAAAAAUAUACACUACCGAAUCAACUUCAGCUCCAACGACUGCUCAAAGAGAAGAAACAACAUUUGCACCUAUUACAACAGAACGUGUAACUGAACAAACUGGUGGAGAAUAUACUGGAACGGUAACAACAGAAACCAAAGAAAAAGCAGAAUCAACUUUGGCUCCUACGACUGCCCAAAGACAAGAAACUACAUUUGCACCAGGUACCACAGAAAUUGUAACUGAACAAACAGGAGGAGAAUAUACUGUUAAGGUUACUACAGAAGGCAAGGAAAAAAUAUACACGACAGAAUCAACUUCAGCUCCAACGACUGCUCAAAGAGAAGAAACAACAUUUGCACCUAUUACAACAGAACGUGUAACUGAACAAACUGGUGGAGAAUAUACUGGAAAGGUAACAACAGAAACCAAAGAAAAAGCAGAAUCAACUUUGGCUCCUACGACUACCCAAAGACAAGAGACUACAUUUGCACCGGGCACAACAGAAAUUCUAACUCAACAAACAGGAGAACAGUAUACUGUAAAGGUUACUACAGAAGGCAAAGAAAAGAUAUAUACGACAGAAUCAACUGUGGCUCCUACGACUGCCCAAAGACAAGAAACUACAUUUGCUCCAGGUACUACAGAAAUUAUCACUGAACAAACAGGAGGAGAAUAUACUAUUAAGGUUACUACAGAAGGCAAGGAAAAAAUGUACACGACAGAAUCAACUUCAGCUCCAACGACUGCUCAAAGAGAAGAAACAACAUUUGCAGCUAUUACAACAGAACGAGUAACUGAACAAACUGGUGGAGAAUAUACUGUAAAGGUUACUACAGAAGGCAAGGAAAAAAUAUACACCACAGAAUCAACUUUGUCUCCUACGACUACCCAAAGACAAGAGACUACAUUUGCACCGGGCACAACAGAAAUUAUUACUCAACAAACAGGAGAACAAUAUACUGUAAAGGUUACUACAGAAGGCAAAGAAAAGAUAUAUACGACAGAAUCAACUUUGGCUUCUACGACUGCCCCAAGACAGGAGACUACAUUUGCACCGGGCACAACAGAAAUUGUAACUCAACAAACAGGAGGAGAAUAUACAGUUAAGGUUACUACAGAAGGCAAGGAAAAGAUAUAUACGACAAAAUCAACUUCAGCUCCAACGACUGCUCAAAGAGAAGAAACAACAUUUGCACCUAUUACAACAGAACGUGUAACUGAACAAACCGGAGCAGAAUAUACUGCAGAAGUUACUACCGAAGGCAAGGAAAAAGUAUAUACGACAGAAUCAACUUUGGCACCUACGACUGCCCAAAGACAAGAGACUACGUUUGCACCGGGCACAACAGAAAUUGUAACUGAACAAACAGGAGGAGAAUAUACAAUUAAGGUUACUACAGAAGGCAAGGAAAAAAUAUACACUACAGAAUCAACUUUGGCUCCUACGACUGUCCAAAGACAAGAAACUACAUUUGCACCAGGUAUCACAGAAACUGUAACUGAACAAACAGGAGUAGAAUAUACUGUUAAGGUUACUACAGAAGGUAAAGAAAAAAUAUACACAGAAUCAACUUUAGCUCCAACGACUGCUCAAAGAGAAGAAACAACAUUUGCACCUAUUACAACAGAACGUGUAACUGAACAAACCGGAGCAGAAUAUACUGUAAAGGUUACUACAGAAGGCAAGGAAAAAAUAUACACGACAGAAUCAACUUUGGCUUCCACGACUGCUCAAAAAGAUGAAACAACAUUUGCACCUAUCACUACAGAAAUUAUAACUGAACAAACAAGAAAAGAAUAUACUGGAAAGGUAACAACAGAAACCAAAGAAAAAGCAACAGAAUCAACUUUGGCUCCUACUACUGCUCAAAGACAAGAAACUACAUUUGCGCCUAUUACAACAGAACGUGUAACUGGACAAACUGGAGGAGAAUAUACUGAAAAGGUUACUACAGAAGGCAAGGAAAAAGUAUAUACGACAGAAUCAACUUUGGCCCCUACGAUAGCCCAAAGCCAAGAAACUACAUUAGCACCAGGUACUAAAGAAUUCGUAACUGAACAAACAAAAAAAGAAUAUACUGUAAAGGUUACUACAGAAGGCAAGGAAAAAGUAUACACUACAGAAUCAACUUCAGCUCCAACGACUGCUCAAAGAGAAGAAACAACAUUUGCGCCUAUUACAACAGAACGUGUAACUGAACAAACAGGAGGAGAAUAUACUACAAAAGUUACUACAGAAGGCAAAGAAAAAGUAUAUACGACAGAAUCAACUUUGGCUUCUACGACAGCCCAAAGCCAAGAAACUACAUUUGCACCGGGUACGACAGAAGUUGUAACUGAACAAACAGGAGAAGAAUAUACUGUAAAGGUAACAACAGAAAGCAAAGAAAAGGCAACAGAGUCAACGUUGGCUCCUAUUAGUACUCAAAAACAAGAAAAUACUUUUGCCCCGGGUACGACAGAAGUUAUAACUGAACAAACAGGAAAAGAAUAUACUGUAAAGGUUACUACAGAAAGCAAGGAAACAGUGUAUACGACAGAAUCAACUUCAGCUACAACGACUGCUCAAAGACAAGAAACAACAUUUGCACCUGGAACAACAGAAGUUACUACUGAAGAAACAGGAGAAGAAUAUACUGUAAAAGUCACCACAGAAGGCAAAGAAAAAUUAUACACUACAGAAUUAACUUUAGGUCCUACCACUGCCCAAAGACAAGAAACUACAUUUGCACCGGGCACAACAGAAAUUGUAACUGAAGAAACAAGCGAAAAAUAUACUGCCAAGGUAACCACAGAAGGCAAAGAAAAGUCGACAGAAUCAACAUUAACUGCUACUACUUCCCAAGAAUAUGAAACUACAUCUUAUACGCAAGAAUUCACGGCAACAGAACCAAACUAUACUACGGAACGAGCACAAGAAGAAACAUUUGCAAAUACUGAACAAUCGAAAGCAACAACUAUGAUGCAACCAGUUGUAACAUUUGGUGAGACAUAUGCGCCUUCAACUGAAACAACUCUGUCGCAUAGUACAAAUUUUGUUACUUUAGAAACAGUCAGCGGAAAUGAUAGUAGUACAACUUUAAUAACGUCAUCUGGAGAAACUACUACCACAGUGAGUAUUGUCGGAAAUUAUACUGAAACAUUAGUAACAGAACAAGAAACAACGCCAUCUAUUAUGAUUGUAACAGGACAAGGGGAACCCAAGAAUACAACAAGUCUUCCUCAAAUUACGGAAACUGUUACGGUGAAAUCCAUUAUUAAUGUUAGUGAAAAAGUUACUACAGGUUUUCCUUACUCUUCAACGCAGGAGAUAAUAAAUGAGAGUACUCAAUCAGAAGGAACUUCUGUACGAAUGGGAAAGGAAUUUUUAACAACCCAUGAGGCUACCCCAGGAACCACUCAGCAAGUUACUUUUGAAUAUAACUUAACAAAUCCAACAACGUUGGUAACUGAAGAGUAUGUUAAAGAAGGGAGUUCAACUCUACCAACAACUUUAGAAAGCUUAAUAACAGGGCAAACAAUAAAAACUGUUACGAAUACAGGUAUCGACGAAGAAACUACAACGUAUAAAGUUGCAGAAGAAACUACCACAUCUUCAGAAAAAACUGUACAAACACAAACAACUAUAGGCAGUACAGAUACUGGUUCUACAAUUUUAAGUAGUUCACCAACAGUAGUAACUAUGGAGGGUAGUAGUGAUAUGAUCACUUCUGGGGGUCUAACUUCCACGUUACCAACUGUAGGCAGUACCGAACAAGUAACAUUAGAAGUACAAACUGCCACAAUACCGACAAGUUUGACCGCUAUUGUUACUGACAGAACAGGAGUACACACAUCCACAUUACCGACAACGUUAGGUAGUACUGAAGAAAUAACAACUCGAAGAAUAGUUACACAAAUAACUACAGUAGAGGGAAGACAUGGAGGUUCAGGCAUAACAGCUGAAACUGAAUAUACAACCACUAUAUUGCCACCGAUAACUAUUAUGAACUUGACUGAUAUGAUAAAGAAUACAACGAAAGAAUGCUGUGAUAAUAAAGACUGUUCAGGGGUAGAGGUGUGUAUUUCGAGACAUUGCGUUCACGUGUGUAAUGUAGGAGGCGCUUGCGCAGAAAACGCAGAUUGUCUAGCUGUAAACCGCACUGCCGUUUGCUUGUGUCCAGAACAAUAUUUCGGAGACCCUCAUAGGAUGUGCUUCAAAGAACGCCCCACGCCCGUGCCAAGAUCUUGCAAGUCUGAUAUGGACUGCCUCGAAAGUGAGGCUUGUUACAUGUCACAAUGUUCGAACCCUUGCGAAUUUACAAACGCCUGUGCUGAAACUGCCAUAUGUCAGACAAAGAUGCACAGGCCUAUUUGCACAUGUCCCACGGGAUACGAAGGAAAUCCGGCAACUAACUGCUUCAAAACACCCACAAUUGAUAACUACAAACCAAAAUGUCAAUACAACGAAGACUGCCCACCCAACAAACUCUGCGACAGACUAAACAGAAUCUGUAUAAACCCUUGCGAUGAAGAAUCUUGUGGUGAAAAUGCCGAAUGUCUACCUAAGGAUCACGGUAUAGAAUGUCGCUGCCUUCCAGGAUUUGACGGUAAUCCGUAUACAGAUUGUUACGCCACAAUCGGUUGUAGAGCUGACAGUGAAUGUCCAUCUCACGAAGCUUGUAUUAACGGCCUAUGUACAUCUCCAUGCAAGUGUGGUUUUAAUGCUGUAUGCGACGUGCUCUACCACAUUCCUACUUGUAAAUGCCCACCCGGAUAUCAGGGAGAUGCUCUAGUAGCAUGCCAACCACCAAGAAAUCCAUGCGAACCUAAUCCGUGUGGACUGAACGCCCUUUGUGAAUUAGACGAGGGAAAUCCUAUAUGUUUCUGUCCAAAAGGUUUAACCGGAAAUCCAUUUAAGAAUUGCAUUCCUGAGGGCGACGAGUGCUCACCAAAUCCUUGCGGUCCAAAUUCUGGUUGCCGAGUAGUGGGAGGAAAUGCCGUUUGCUUCUGUCUACCAGAAUACGAAGGAACACCACCUCACAUUCCAUGUUCUCUUUCAAUCAACCCUUGCGAUCCAUCUCCAUGCGGUCCUAACACCCAAUGUGCUGUCCUAAGUAACGGUUUUGCCAAAUGUACUUGUCUACCAGGUUUCAUUGAAAGUCCAAAUACGAUAAGAGGAUGCGUGGAAGCCAAAAAUCCAUGCGAACCGAACCCUUGUGGUCAUGGCGCUUAUUGUGAUCCUCUACGCGAACCUAUUUGCUUCUGUCCGGUUGGUACUAAUGGAAAUCCUUUCAGAAAUUGCAUCGAGCCUAAAAUUAACCUUUGCAGUCCAGGCCCUUGUGGAGCAAAUGCAGACUGCUACAUCACCAACGAUGAGGAACAAUGUUUCUGCAGACAAGGUUUUACUGGCAAUCCUUACACUGGUUGUAGACUACAACCCGCUACACCAUGCGUACCAAGUCCGUGUGGACCAGGUGCUCAAUGUACUGUAACAGCAGAAGGCAAUUCAUUAUGUAAAUGUCCCGAAGGUUUUGGAGGAGAUCCAGUAGGACCAGGCGGUUGUCAUGGAUACGAGUGUGUAGUCGAUGAUAACUGUCCUAAUAAUAAGGCUUGUAUAGGGUAUAAAUGUAAAGAUCCAUGCCCAGGUGCUUGUGGAAUACUUGCUAGUUGUAAAGUGGAAAGACAUCAUCCAGUAUGUGCCUGUGAAUACGGUUUAACCGGUAAUCCAGUAAUUAGGUGUUACGAACUGCCACAUCUACCAGAAAACCCCUGCUUGCCUUCACCUUGUGGAAUCAAUACACUCUGUCAAAACCUCAAUGGUAGAGCAGUUUGUUCAUGUCUACCUGACUUUAUAGGUGAUCCCACUCUUGGCUGCCAACCUGAAUGUGUUCUUAACUCAGACUGUCCUCUGAACAAAGCUUGCUUAAACAGACAUUGUAUAGAUCCAUGUGCAGCAGGUCACCUUUGUGGUGUGCAUGCUAGCUGUCAAGUCAGAGAUCACACAGCUACUUGUGUGUGUCCUCAAGGUUUCAUGGGUGAUCCGUUCUUCCAAUGUAUACCAACGCCCAUCAUUUCUAUUCCAUCCUAUCCCAACGUAACUGUCCAUCCUUGCACGCCUUCACCUUGUGGUAAUAUGGAGUGUAGUAUAUGGGGCACUGAAAUAGCCAUCUGUGAUCCAUGUUUGGGACCUGAAGCGCCGUAUAAUCCUCAAUGUCGACCAGAAUGUUUAACAAAUGCAGAUUGUCCAUUCGAUAGAGCCUGUUUAGGAUAUACUUGCGCCGAUCCAUGUCCUGGAAGUUGCGGUGUUAAUGCAUUGUGUUCAGUUGUAAUACAUACACCAAUAUGUAGCUGUCCACAAGGCUUGGUAGGAGAUCCAUUCCAACACUGCUCAGUACCUUUACGUCCUGAACCACACGUGCAACCUUGUGAAACCGUAAUGUGCGGAGAAAAUGCAGAAUGUAACCAAGUUCACAACGCUUUAUCUUGCACCUGCAAACCAGGUUUUUACGGCAACCCUUGGAUCGCUUGUAGACCAGAAUGUGUGGUCAAUCCAGAUUGUCUUUUGAACAAGGCCUGUAUUAACAACAAAUGUGUGGAUCCAUGUGCUGGAGUAUGCGGCGUAGGAGCUCAGUGUGAUGUAGUUAACCAUGUUCCAAUAUGUGCUUGUCCACCUCAUUUCACUGGAGAUCCGUUUGUUAGUUGUUAUGAAUUCAAACCAUCAGUUGAACCUCUACCAGGACCAAAUCCCUGUGAUCCUUCACCAUGUGGACCCUUCAGUAGGUGUUUGAUAUCUCAUCAAGGUUUUGCUACUUGUUCUUGUCUACCCAACUACUAUGGUGUUCCUCCGGUUUGCAAACCUGAAUGUAUAGUUAGCUCGGAAUGUCCUCAAACCUACGCUUGUGUGAAUCAGAAAUGUGUUAAUCCAUGUACUGGAACAUGUGGUGCCAACGCCUUAUGUACAGUGAUUAACCAUAAUCCAAUAUGUAGCUGUGCUCCAGGACAACAAGGUGAUCCUUUCGUUGGUUGUUAUACUCCACCAACAACAGAUAAGCCUAAAACAAAUGAAAAUCCUUGUGUGCAUUCGCCUUGUGGACCUAAUUCCAUUUGUCAAGUCAAAGAAAACCGUCCUGUGUGCUCCUGUAUCGCUAAUUACAUAGGUAGUCCACCAUAUUGUCGACCUGAGUGUACUAUAAGUCAAGAGUGUCCAAGAGAUAAAGCUUGCGUUAGAGAAAAGUGUGUGGAUCCUUGUGUGGAACUUUGUGGUAGAAAUGCCAAAUGUGAUGUUGUUAACCAUAAUCCAUUCUGUAGUUGUAAACCUGGAUACGAAGGAGAUGCUUUUAUAAGCUGCUCUAGAAUCCCUCCAGUCAUCAGGCCGGUAGAUCCAUGCAAUCCAUCGCCUUGUGCUGAGAAUUCGCAAUGUACUGUCCAAGAUAAUAUUGCCAGGUGUACUUGUAUUCCACCAUACAUUGGUAACGCUUACGUUGGAGGUUGUAGACCCGAGUGUACUAUGAAUUCAGAAUGUGCCAGCCAUUUGGCUUGUCUUUCACAACAUUGUAGAGAUCCUUGUCAAGGUCUUUGUGGAAUCCAUGCAGAGUGCAGUGUCGUCAACCAUGUACCAGUUUGUGCUUGUGGAAGAGGAUUAAUAGGAGACCCAUUUACCGCUUGUAGAGAAAGACCAGUCGAAGAAAUUAAUCCUUGUGAACCAUCACCUUGUGGUCCUAAUAGUGUUUGUAGGGUCAAAAAUGAACAAGCCAUCUGUUCAUGCCAAGUAGGAUACUUUGGGGUACCUCCAGCUUGUCGGCCCGAAUGUCUAGUUACUUCCGAGUGUACAUCUGAUAAGGCUUGUAUCAAUCAAAAAUGCCAGGAUCCUUGUGUCGGAACUUGCGGAAUAGCAGCAAGAUGCCAGGUACACAACCACAAUCCGAUCUGUAGCUGUCCACCUAAUCACUAUGGAGAUCCAUUCAUACAAUGUACAAAGAUUGUUAAUCCAAAACCAAAUAUUACACCAUGCAUUCCAUCCCCUUGCGGCGCCAAUGCAGAAUGCAGAACCAUUGACAAUAGAGCGAUUUGUUCUUGUCUGCCCGACAUGUAUGGAGUACCACCUAAUUGCCGACCAGAAUGUUUGAUCGACCAGGACUGCCCUCUUAACCUAGCCUGCGUAGGUCAAAAAUGCAAAGACCCUUGCACCGGCUCCUGUGGAUUUAAUGCCCAAUGUAACGUAGUCAACCACAGACCCAUCUGUAGCUGCCUGCCAGGAUUCGAAGGAGAUCCAUUUUCUGGGUGUAACAUCGAAUCUGUUAUAGAUGAACCUCACCACCCGUGCAACCCUUCCCCGUGUGGCUCUAACGCCAUAUGUACCGAAAGAAACGGUGCAGGUGCUUGCACCUGCAUACCAGAUUACCACGGAGAUCCCUAUUCGGGUUGCAGGCCAGAAUGCGUAUCCAAUAAUGAUUGCCCCCAUGAUAAAGCUUGUUUGGCCAUGAAAUGUACCAAUCCUUGUGCUGGAAAUUGUGGAAUAAACGCGGAAUGUACAGUCAUAAAUCACAAUCCUCAAUGCUACUGUAUCCAAGGUUUUACAGGAAAUGCGUUGGUUCAUUGUAGGGAAAUUCCACUUGAACCACCAAGAAGAAACCCUUGUGUACCAUCACCUUGCGGUCCUUAUAGCGUAUGUCGCGUUCAAAACGACAGACCAGUUUGCUCUUGUCUCGAGGGCUGCAUAAACGCCCCACCCCACUGUAGACCCGAAUGUAUGGUCAAUUCGGAAUGCCCCAGUGAUCUAGCCUGUCAAAAUAUGAGAUGUGUUGAUCCAUGUAGAGGUACUUGCGGACACAACGCUCUAUGUAAAGCUGUCCUGCACAGUCCUAUAUGUAGUUGUCCUGUUGGCUUCAUCGGAGAUCCCUUCACUAGAUGUUUCAAAGAAGAAAGGCCACCUGUUGUUGUAAACCCUUGCGUACCAUCUCCUUGUGGAUUGUUCUCUGAUUGUAGAGUGCUCAGUGAUAGAGCCGUAUGUUCUUGCCUAGCAAAUUACUUUGGUCGUCCGCCAAACUGUCGGCCAGAGUGUACUGUUAAUUCACAGUGUUCUUCUAGUCAAUCUUGUGUAAACCAAAGAUGUGCCGACCCUUGCCCAGGGUCUUGUGGUAUAAAUGCUGAAUGUAGAGUAGUGAAUCAUUCACCUCAAUGUUAUUGUGCCAACGAAUAUACUGGGGAUCCUUUCUCUGGAUGUCAUUACAUCCCUCCCGUGAUCGAAGAAACACCUCACCCAUGCAAUCCAUCACCAUGUGGCGCAAACGCGAUCUGUAAAGAACAGAACGGUGCAGGAUCUUGUUCUUGCUUACCAGAUUAUUUUGGAGAUCCAUACUCAGGCUGUAGACCCGAAUGUGUAACAAACUCAGAUUGUCCCAAAGAUAGAUCUUGCGUGAACCAAAAAUGUGUGGAUCCUUGUCCAGGAACUUGUGGAAUAAACAGUGAAUGUCAAGUAUUUAAUCACAUACCAACUUGUUACUGUCUACGAGGAUUUACGGGAGAUCCGUUUAGAACUUGUCAUGAAAUAGAUAUUGCCCCUCCACCAGUGGCACAUAUAGACCCAUGUAGACCUUCACCUUGUGGACCGUACAGUCAAUGUAGAUCGGUAGAAUCGAAUGCCGUAUGUGCUUGUCUAAAAGAUCAUAUCGGAUCUCCACCUCUUUGUAGACCAGAAUGUACCGUAGCUAGCGAUUGUGGUCAAGAUAAGAUUUGUUUGAAUCAGAAGUGUAAAGAUCCUUGUCCUGGUACUUGCGGAUAUAACGCUAGAUGUCACGUAGUUAAUCACAAUCCAAUUUGUAGUUGUCCAGCCGGACAAACUGGUGAUCCUUUCGUCAGGUGUAUUAAAGAAGAGAAGACUAUUAUUCCAGUUCCAAAUGAAAAUCCUUGCGUUCCUACUCCAUGUGGUCCUUACUCUCAAUGUAGAAUUGUUGGUACGCAAGCUGUAUGUUCUUGUUUACCAAAUUAUGUGGGUAGAGCUCCUAACUGUCGCCCUGAAUGCACCAUUAGUUCCGAAUGUCCUGGAAACUUAGCUUGUAUCAAUGAAAGAUGUAAAGACCCUUGUGUAGGCUCUUGCGGAUUUUAUGCUAGUUGUGCUGUAGUAAAUCAUUCUCCAAAUUGUAUAUGUGAAGCUGGUUACACCGGAGAUCCGUUCUCAGGAUGCUCCCUUAUUAUAAUCGUAGAAGAAGAAAAUAACCCUUGCAAUCCUUCUCCAUGUGGAGCUAACGCUAUUUGCAGGGAGCAAAACGGAGCAGGGUCAUGUACAUGUGUACCGGACUAUUUUGGAGAUCCUUACACCGGAUGUAGGCCAGAAUGCGUCACUAAUGCAGAUUGCUCAAGAGAUAGGGCUUGUUUGGGUAUGAAAUGUAAGGACCCGUGCGUAGGAACGUGUGGAGUUAAUGCUGAGUGCAGAGUCGCAAACCAUGCACCAUCUUGCUUCUGCGUAGAAGGGUAUACUGGAAAUCCAACAACGGCCUGUCAUGUGAUACCACCUAUUCAAGUUCCUCGAACUCAACCUUGUCAACCAUCACCUUGUGGACCUUACAGUCAAUGUAGAGCGAUAGAAGGGCAUUCUGUAUGUUCUUGUCUGCCAAAUUAUAUCGGUUCGCCACCAACUUGUAGACCUGAAUGUAUGAUAAGCGCAGAUUGCUCAUUAGACAAGACCUGUAUUAACCAAAAAUGUGUAGAUCCAUGCCCAGGAACCUGUGGACUGAACGCCAGAUGCCAAGUUAUAAACCAUAAUCCAAUUUGCAGUUGUCCUUCUAAUUAUGUUGGGGAUCCAUUCAUAAGAUGCGUUCUAGAAGAAAGGCCUCCAGUAGUUAUACCAGAAAACCCUUGCCAUCCGUCGCCUUGUGGUAGCAACUCACAGUGCAGAGUGAUAGGUAAUACACCAGCAUGUUCUUGCUUAGCUGGUUAUAUCGGCCGUCCACCCAAUUGUAGGCCAGAAUGUGUAAUCAACGCUGAUUGUUCUGGAAAUCUGGCUUGUCAAAGAGAAAAAUGCACCGACCCUUGCCCAGGAUCUUGUGGUGGCAAUACUGAUUGCAUAGUUAUUAGUCAUAGACCUGUUUGUAGUUGCAAAAUCGAAUAUACUGGUGAUCCUUUCUCUGGAUGCAACCUCAUUCCAAUCGUUACUCCUACACCAGAACCGCAUAACCCUUGUAAUCCCUCACCAUGUGGUGCCAAUGCUGAAUGUAGAGAACAACAUGGUGCAGGUGCUUGUAUUUGUUUACCAGAAUAUAUCGGGGAUCCUUAUACUGGAUGUAGACCUGAAUGUGUUACCAAUACUGAUUGCGCAAGUGACAAAUCGUGCUUAAACAACAAAUGCAAAGAUCCUUGUCCUGGUACAUGUGGAAUUAAUGCGGAAUGUCACGUAAUCAAUCACUCGCCAUCCUGUUCUUGCCUUCCUGGAUACACGGGCAAUCCAUUGACUUCUUGUAGGGAACCUCCAAAGAUUGAAAUACCUAAAAAUCCUUGUCAACCAACACCUUGUGGUCCAUAUAGUGAAUGCCGCGAAGUAGACGGACACGCAGUAUGUUCUUGCCAGACAAACUAUAUCGGUUCACCUCCUGCAUGUAGACCUGAAUGCAUGGUUAGCUCAGAAUGUUCACAAAAUAAAGCAUGUAUCAAACAAAAAUGUAAAGAUCCCUGUCCAGGAACUUGCGGCCUAAACGCUAAAUGUCAAGUUAUAAAUCACAACCCGAUAUGUAGCUGUCCUCCAUUGUAUACUGGGGAUCCUUUCCUUAGAUGUAUCUUAGAAGAAAAAACGGCUAUUGAAGAACCUAGUGGUAACCCUUGCGUACCUUCACCUUGCGGUUCUAAUUCUCAAUGUAGAGUAAUAGGAUCGCAAGCGGUAUGCUCUUGCUUGCCAAACUAUCUCGGCAGACCUCCAAAUUGCCGACCAGAAUGUCUUAUAAACGAAGAAUGCCCCGGAAACCUUGCAUGCCAAAACGAGAAAUGUAUAGAUCCUUGCCCUGGCUCUUGUGGUUCUUUUACUUCUUGUACUACUAUUAAACACACACCUAUUUGUGAAUGUUUUACGGGCUAUACAGGGGAUCCUUUCCGAGGAUGUGUUCUACUACCUCCACCUACUGUUACCGAAAGUCCUCGAAACCCUUGCAACCCUUCACCUUGUGGAGCAAACGCUGUUUGUAAAGAAAGAAAUGGAGCAGGUUCUUGUAGUUGCCUUCCAGAAUACUUUGGAGACCCGUACAGAGGUUGUAGACCUGAAUGCGUAACUAACUCAGAAUGUGAUCGUAGCAGAGCCUGUGUUAAUAAUAAAUGUAUUGAUCCUUGUCCUGGAAGAUGCGGAAUAAACUCUGAAUGUAGAGUUAUAAAUCAUAUUCCGUCUUGUAUUUGUAUCACAGGCUACACAGGCGAUCCAGCUAGUCGAUGCAACCUUAUUCCGCCUGGUGAGAAUCAUACCUAUUUAAAAAAUAACAAUUGGAAGGCUCUAUCUAACUUCUACCAAUUUCUAGUUACUCCUGAACCGACUCAACCGUGCCAGCCCUCACCUUGUGGCCCAAAUAGUCAAUGUAGAGAAAUAAAUGGCCAUGCUGUUUGUUCUUGUAUUACUGGUUAUAUCGGAUCUCCCCCAAUGUGUAGACCAGAAUGUAUAGGCAGCUCUGAAUGUGCCCAAGAUAAAGCCUGCGUUAAUCAAAAAUGUGUAGAUCCAUGCCCUGGCACUUGCGGAAUCAAUGCUCAAUGUAGAGUAGUAACUCACAACCCCAUAUGUGUCUGUUCCUCUGGUUAUACUGGCGAUCCAUUUACAUCCUGCUCCAGAAUACAAAGUAGGGUAACUACGCCUAAAGACAUAGAAAACCCAUGCGUACCAUCUCCCUGCGGCGCCAACUCUCAAUGUAGGGUAGUUGGUACUCAGCCUGCAUGUUCUUGUUUGCCCAACUUUAUCGGUAGACCUCCCAACUGUCGUCCGGAAUGUAUAAACGACUUGGAAUGUGCUAAUAAUUUGGCGUGUAGAAAUGAAAAAUGUAUAAACCCUUGUCAGGGAUUCUGUGGUAUUAAUGCUCUAUGUACUGUUGUCUCGCAUGUUCCUGUUUGCUCUUGCCUGCCUGGAUAUCAAGGAGAUGCUUUAUCUUCUUGUACUAUUACGCCUUUGACUACUGAACGUACACCACCUCCAACGCCAUGCACUCCUUCUCCAUGUGGACCAAAUGCAGAAUGCCGUGAGAAAAAUGGAGCUGGGGCUUGCUUAUGUCUUCCAGGUUUCCACGGAGAUCCGUACGAUAACACACGAGGUUGUCACCGAGAAUGUGAAGUCAACGAUGACUGUAAAUCUCACUUGGCUUGUAUCGCAUUUAAAUGCGUGGAUCCCUGUCCUGGAACUUGCGGAACUUUGGCAGAAUGUAGAGUCAACAACCACAUACCAACAUGUACUUGCCUACCAGGUUAUACAGGAGAUGCAUUCUUUCAAUGUAAAGAAAUUAGGGAGAUCCAUCCAGUUAACGAAAAUCCUUGCCAACCUUCACCUUGUGGACCGAACAGUCAAUGUAGGGAACUUAACAAACAAGCAGUUUGCUCAUGUUUGCCUAAUUACAUAGGAUCUCCGCCGGAUUGUAGACCAGAAUGUGUGGUUAGCUCCGAAUGCCAACUUGAUAAGGCUUGCAUCAACCAAAAAUGUAGUGACCCAUGUCCGAAUACAUGUGGAUUAGGAGCACAAUGUACAACGAGAAAUCACAAUCCUAUUUGUGCUUGCCCACCAGGAUAUACGGGAGAUCCAUUCUUGAGAUGCAUUUCACAACCUGUCACGGUCGAGCCAGUAACAGAACGUCCAGCAUCUUGUUAUCCAUCUCCUUGUGGUCCCAAUUCACAAUGCAGAAUAUCAGAAAAUACUCCAAUAUGUUCAUGUUUGCCAGACUAUUUAGGAUCCCCACCAGAAUGCAGACCAGAGUGCGUAAUAAGCACUGAAUGUGAGAGUCAGCAUGCUUGUAUUAAUCAAAAAUGUAGAGAUCCUUGCCCUGGUUCUUGUGGAGUAAAUGCCGAAUGCCACGUUAUCAACCAUUUACCAAUUUGUACUUGUCUUGUAUUACAUACGGGAGAUCCGUUUACGCAAUGUAAUCCCAUACCAAGGCAGACGGAAAAACCGAAACCUCUGAACCCAUGCAAUCCGUCACCAUGCGGUCCUAAUGCUGAAUGUAACAAUGGAAUAUGUACGUGCCUUUCUGAGUACAUUGGAAACCCAUAUGAGAGUUGCAGACCGGAAUGUGUUCUUGGUUCAGAAUGCCCAAGAGAUAAGGCAUGUAUCAAGAAUAAAUGCAGAGAUCCUUGUCCUGGAACAUGUGGUCAAAAUGCAAGAUGUGAUGUUAUUAAUCACAUACCAGCUUGCUCUUGUCCUGAUACUCUCACAGGAGAUCCAUUUACUUUGUGUAGAACAAUAGAUGAAAUCAAACCAAGAACGGAUCCAUGCAGUCCUUCGCCAUGUGGACAAAACAGUCAAUGCAAAAAUAUUAACGACCAUGCGGUUUGUUCAUGCCUGCAAGGAUAUCAAGGAACUCCACCAUCAUGCAGACCAGAAUGUAUUGUAAGCUCCGAAUGUCCUUCGAAUAGAGCGUGUGUCAAUCAAAAGUGUAUCGAUCCCUGCCCUGGAUCUUGCGGACUAAACGCAGCUUGUGAAGUAAGAAACUACAGUCCAAUUUGUAGUUGCAGAGAAGGAUAUACUGGCGAUCCAUUCCAGAGCUGUAGACAAAUCAUUAUUGAGCCGACACCUCCUACACCAAUCGACCCGUGCAGACCUUCUCCGUGCGGACCUAAUUCUAUUUGUAGAACUACAGGAGAUAGUCCAUCAUGCAGCUGCGCUCAAGGAUACAUAGGAACACCUCCUAACUGUCGCCCAGAAUGUGUUAUUAAUCCAGACUGUCCUAGCACUCAAGCUUGUAUUAACAACAAGUGUAAAGAUCCUUGCCCAGGAAGCUGUGGAGUAAACGCUGAAUGCGUAGUUAUUGCUCAUACAGUCUCAUGUACCUGUGCUACAGGUUUUACGGGUAAUCCAUUCAUUCAAUGCGUAAUUAAACCUGUAGAACCACCGAAUCCUUGUGAACCUUCUCCUUGCGGACCAAAUGCAGAAUGUAGACAACGAAAUGGAGCUGGCUCUUGUGUGUGUAUCCAAGAUUAUUUCGGAAAUCCCUAUGAAGGAUGUAAACCAGAAUGUGUAUUAAGUUCAGAUUGUGCAACCAACAGGGCUUGUAUUAGAAAUAAAUGCGUAGAUCCUUGCCCUGGAGUAUGCGGACAAAAUGCUGAAUGCUCUACAAUUAACCAUGUUCCGGCCUGUACUUGCAUAGAAAACUUUAUUGGAGAUCCGUUUGUGAACUGUCUUCCUGCUGAAAUUCCAACAGAACCAUUAGAAAGUAAACCUUGUUCACCAAGUCCUUGCGGUUCUAACAGCCAAUGCAGGGAAGUAAAUAACCAAGCUGUGUGUUCCUGUCUUCCUGAUUUUAUUGGCUCUCCUCCCAACUGCAAGCCCGAAUGUGUUGUUAGCUCAGAAUGUCCCCAAGAUAGAGCGUGCCAUAAAUUCAAAUGUGCCAAUCCUUGUACUGCCUCUUGCGGUAUUAGUGCCAAUUGCCAAGUUAUUAAUCAUGCCCCCAUCUGUAGUUGUAAAGCUGGCUUUACAGGAGAUCCAUUUACGAGAUGUUACGAAAUCCCUCCUGCGCCUCCCAAACCAAAACCAGUUGAAAAUCCCUGCAUACAAUCACCAUGUGGACCAAAUGCUGAAUGUAGAGUCAUUAAUGAGCAAGCUUCGUGUAGCUGCCAACCAAACUACUUUGGAUCACCUCCAAAUUGUAGGCCUGAAUGUUUGGUAAAUACGGAUUGUGCUUCCAACUUGGCUUGUAUUACUGAAAAAUGUAGAGACCCAUGCAUCGGUUCGUGUGGAUUUAACGCUGAAUGUAGAGUCCAGAAUCACAUCCCCAUAUGUAGCUGCUUACCAGACUAUACAGGAGACUCAUUUUCCGAAUGUACUAAGAUCAUACCGACGCCAAAACCAAAACCUGCUGAUCCAUGCAAUCCAUCUCCUUGUGGCCAAAAUGCUGACUGUAAUAAUGGUAUUUGUACCUGUGUACCUCUGUACAGAGGAGAUCCAUAUUUAGGAUGCAGACCAGAAUGUACCAUGAAUUCCGAUUGUAGUCCUAAACAAGCUUGCAGUAACUUGAAGUGUAUCGAUCCUUGUCCAGGAACUUGUGGACAGAAUGCUGUUUGUGACAUCGUCAAUCAUAUACCAACAUGUAGCUGUCCACCAGGUCAAGAAGGAGAUCCGUUUGUACAUUGCAGACCUAAGAAAAUAGAAGUACCAAUCAACCCUUGCCAACCUUCCCCAUGCGGUCCAAAUAGUGUGUGCAGAGUUAACAAUGGUGUAGCUGUAUGCUCAUGCCAACAAGGUCUCAUUGGAAGUCCACCAUCUUGCCGACCAGAAUGUGUGAUUAGCGCUGAGUGCCCAUUAAACCAAGCGUGCUUGAACCAGAAAUGUGUAGACCCCUGUCCUGGAACUUGCGGAAUCAACGCCAAGUGCCAAGUUAUCAACCACAACCCCAUCUGCAGCUGUAUUCAAGGCAAUAUUGGAGAUCCAUUCGUACGGUGCUAUCCGGAACCAAAAGUGCCACCAAAACCAGUGAAUCCGUGCGACCCGAGCCCUUGCGGUCCGAACUCGGUCUGUCAAGUCCGCGGGGAAAGCCCGGCGUGUUCGUGUCUCGAAAAUUACGUCGGUACUGCACCGAACUGCCGACCGGAAUGUACGAUCAAUCCGGAAUGUGCGCGAACGCUCGCUUGUAUCAAUCAGAAGUGUCGCGAUCCGUGCCCGGGCAGUUGCGGGUCUAACGCGUUGUGUAGUGUAAUCAAUCAUACUCCAACUUGUACGUGUAUCAAUGGUUUCACCGGAGAUCCGUUCCAGGGCUGCGUUCCAGCACCAGCCAUUAUACCCCGUCCUGAAACAAUAAAUCCUUGCGUACCAUCUCCUUGUGGUACCAACGCUAUCUGUAGGGAAAGAAAUGGAGUUGGUUCAUGCCUUUGUCCUCCCGAUUACCUUGGAAAUCCGUAUGAAGCUUGUAGACCCGAAUGCGUCCAAAGUUCUGAAUGCCCUUCCAAUAAAGCCUGCGUCAGAAAUAAAUGUAUAGACCCCUGUCCUGGUACUUGCGGUCAAAAUGCCCUAUGUCAAGUCAUUAAUCAUAGCCCGAGUUGUAGAUGCCUGGAGGAAUACACUGGAGAUCCAUUUAACAACUGCAUUCUACUCACAAGACAACCAACUGAAGUACCACAGCCCUGCCAACCUUCCCCCUGUGGACCCAACAGUCAAUGUAAAGAAGUCAAUGAUCAAUCGGUAUGCUCUUGUUUACCAAAUUAUAUCGGUUCUCCACCGGGAUGUCGACCAGAAUGUUUGGUGAGCUCAGAAUGUCCAGCAAAUCAAGCAUGCAUAAACCAAAAAUGUAGUGACCCAUGUCCUGGAACUUGCGGAUUGAACACUAAAUGCCAAGUUAUUAACCACAGUCCAAUAUGUAGUUGCCAGACUAGUUAUAUAGGAGACCCCUUCACAAGAUGCUAUCCUCCUCCUCCUCCGGUAAUUACUGAAAUUACAACUGUUGUACAUCCAUGCAGUCCAUCACCUUGUGGUCCAAACUCCCAAUGUAGAGAAAUCAAUAACCUACCCUCGUGUUCCUGUCUACCAGAGUUUAUAGGAGCUCCUCCAAACUGUAGACCAGAGUGUAGUAUUGAUUCAGAAUGUUCCAGCAAUUUGGCCUGUAUAAGACGAAAAUGCAUUGAUCCUUGCCCAGGUUCUUGUGGUCUUAACGCAGUUUGCAAUGUUUUCAAUCACCACGCAACAUGUUCCUGCCCAUCUGAUAUGACUGGAGAUCCAUUCAACAAUUGUUUCCCUAAACCAAUCGAAGUACCGGCAGUUACAGUCAAUGAUCCUUGUAAUCCAUCUCCUUGUGGAGCUAAUGCACUAUGUGAAGGAAACGGAAGAUGCACUUGUAUACAGGAUUAUCAAGGCGAUCCUUAUAGAGGUUGUAGACCCGAAUGUGUUGUGAAUACUGACUGUCCCAGAGAAAAAUCAUGUAUUAGGAGAAAAUGUGUAGACCCUUGUCCUGGAACUUGUGCUAGCACUGGAACUUGUCAAGUAAUUAAUCACAUUCCAAUGUGUAGUUGUCCACCAGGAUUUACUGGAAAUGCCUUUGUAGCUUGUCGUGCGGUUGAAAUUCCACAAAACUUAAAUCCGUGCAACCCCACGCCCUGUGGUCCUAAUAGUCAAUGUAGAGAAAUAAAUCAGCAAGCUGUAUGCUCUUGUUUACCUGGAUAUUCAGGAUCACCACCCAUUUGUAGACCAGAAUGUGUUUCAAGCUCAGAAUGUAGUCUUUUAAAUGCUUGUAUUAAUCAGAAAUGUGUUGAUCCAUGUCCAGGAACGUGUGGUAUAGGUGCCAAAUGUCAAGUUAUCAACCAUAACCCGAUAUGUACUUGCGCAGGUGAUUUUAUUGGUGAUCCGUUUACAAGGUGUUUCCCAAAACCAAUACAACCUGUUGUUGUUCCAACCAACCCGUGUCAACCGUCCCCGUGCGGACCUAACUCAGAAUGUCGUGAAAUAAACGAUUCACCAUCUUGCUCUUGUAAACCAGAAUUUAGAGGUACUCCACCCAACUGCAGACCUGAAUGUGUCAGCAGUAGCGAAUGUCCAACGAAUUUAGCCUGUAUCAAUCAAAAAUGUAAGAAUCCCUGUGAAGGUAUCUGUGGUAUCAAUGCUGAGUGUCGUGUAGUCAGCCAUAUUCCCAACUGCGUCUGUUUGGCUGGUUUUGAAGGAGAUCCAUUUAAUCAAUGUGCUGAGAUAAGGUUGCAAAUUACAGAGGUUAUAAAUCCAUGCAAUCCGACACCUUGUGGACUCAACGCUGAAUGCAGAGAGAGAAAUGGAGCUGGAGCAUGUGUCUGCUUGCCUGAUUUUACUGGCAAUCCUUACGAAGGUUGCAGACCAGAAUGUCUUAUAAACUCUGAUUGUGCUUCAAAUAGGGCUUGUCUUAAAAACAAAUGUAUCGACCCUUGUCCAGGUACUUGCGCCUCAAACGCCGUUUGCAAUGUUAUAAAUCACCUUCCAACUUGUACUUGUAACCAAGGAUACACAGGAGAUCCUUUCAGAUACUGCAGUUUAAUUCCAGAACCUACUAUAGUUAUACCAUCCAACCCGUGCCAACCAUCUCCUUGUGGACCAAAUAGCCAAUGUCGUGAAGUAAAUAAACAAGCAGUAUGUUCUUGCUUACCAGAAUAUUCUGGUAGUCCUCCGAAUUGUAGACCAGAAUGUACAAUUAGUUCAGAAUGUCCUCAAGAUAAGGCUUGCUUGAAUAAAAAAUGUGUUGAUCCUUGCCCUGGUACAUGUGGUUUAAAUUCAAAUUGUAGAGUUAUUAAUCAUAGUCCACUAUGUAGUUGUAAGUCAGGAUAUACUGGAGAUCCAUUUACUAGAUGUUUUAUUGUUGAACCUAUCAUAGAAAUUAUUCCUGAAAUAAUAAAUCCCUGUGUUCCUUCACCUUGUGGUUUAUACAGCGAUUGUAGAGAAAUAAAUAAUCUCCCAUCAUGCUCGUGUUCAAGUGGGUAUAUUGGUACCCCACCAAACUGUAGACCAGAAUGCUUAAUAAACUCAGAGUGUGCCAGUAACCUUGCUUGUAUUAAAGAAAAGUGUAGAGAUCCGUGCUCAGGAUCAUGUGGUGCUGGAGCUCUUUGCAGUGUUAUUAAUCAUACUCCAAUAUGUACAUGUCCUGAAGGCUACACAGGAGAUCCAUUCACUUAUUGUCAAAUAAAACCAACUAGUGUAGCAGUGAUUGAAACUGAUCCCUGCAAUCCAACUCCUUGUGGUCCAAAUGCUGAAUGUAAUGAUGGUAUAUGCACUUGUAUUACUGAAUACCAUGGAGAUCCUUAUACCGGUUGUAGACCUGAAUGUACCUUAAGUCAAGAUUGUCCUAGAGACAGAGCCUGCGUCAGAAAUAAAUGUGUAGAUCCAUGUAUAGGAACGUGUGGAAGCAAUGCUAUUUGCUCAGUUGUAAAUCAUAUUCCAACAUGCUCAUGUUCUGAGGGAUAUGAAGGCAACGCCUUUACGAUAUGUCAAAUUAUCAGAGUCGAAGUUGCUAAGAAUCCCUGCAAUCCAACACCGUGUGGUCCAAAUAGUCAAUGUAGGGAGAUUAAUGGCCAAUCGGUUUGUUCCUGUGUUCCCGGAUUUUUAGGUACUUGUGGUAUCAAUGCUCUUUGCCAAGUAAGAAACCACAACCCAAUUUGUAGUUGUCCAAAUGAAUACUCCGGUGAUCCCUUUACUAGAUGUACAAUUAUAGUCAUUGAACCAGAUGUUAUUGAACAAAUAAAUCCUUGUCAGCCUUCACCUUGCGGUGCCAAUGCUGAAUGUAGGGUAUCUGGAAAUUCACCUUCUUGCUCUUGUCUACCAGAAUUCAUAGGAACUCCACCAAACUGUAGACCUGAAUGUGUUAGCAGCUCUGAAUGUUCUAAUCACUUGGCAUGUAUAAACAGAAAAUGCAAAGAUCCCUGCGUAGGAGUAUGUGGUCAAAACGCCGAAUGUAGAGUUGUCAGUCACACACCCAAUUGUAUUUGUAGUCCUGGGUAUUACGGAGAUCCUUUCACCCUUUGCAACAUUCAACAAGCUGUGGAAAUUCUUAAUCCUUGUGAACCUUCUCCAUGUGGUUCUAACGCUGUUUGCAAAGAACGAAAUGGAGCUGGAUCUUGUGUAUGUCUAGCAGAUUAUUUCGGAGAUCCAUACAAAGGAUGUAGACCUGAGUGUUCCAUCAACUCAGACUGUCCUUCCAAUAGAGCAUGUGUUAAUAGCAAAUGUAAGGAUCCUUGUCCAGGAACAUGUGCACCUAAUGCUGAAUGUCAAGUUAUUAAUCAUCUACCGUCAUGCAACUGUCCCUCCGAGUUUACAGGAGAUCCAUACCAAUUCUGUCACGCAAUACAAAUAAUUGAAGUAGAAACUCCAAAGCAACCAUGUCAACCUUCCCCUUGUGGUCCAAACAGUCAAUGUCGUGAAGUCAAUGGUCAAGCAGUAUGUUCUUGCUUACCUAAUUAUAUAGGAAGCCCACCAGGUUGUAGACCAGAAUGUACAGUCAACUCAGAAUGUACAUCUAACAAAGCAUGCCAGAAUCAGAAAUGUGUAGAUCCCUGUCCUGGAACUUGUGGUCUCAACGCUAAAUGUUUGGUCAUUCACCACGCUCCAAUUUGUAGUUGUCUGCCUGAAUUCACAGGAGAUCCAUUUACAAGAUGUUAUUCGUUACCACCACCAGUUGCCGUCGUAGAACCUGAGAUAAUUAAUCCAUGUGUCCCUUCACCAUGCGGACCCAAUUCAGAAUGUAAACAGAUAGGAUCUUCUCCAGCUUGUUCAUGCUUACCAAACUUUAUGGGUAGUCCACCCAACUGUAGACCAGAGUGUAGCGUAAAUUCAGAUUGUACCAGCAAUUUUGCUUGCAUAAACCAAAAAUGUAAAGACCCUUGUCCUGGAUCUUGUGGACAAGACGCUAGAUGUAGUGUGUUUAGUCAUACUCCAAUUUGUAAUUGUCCAGAAGGUUAUACUGGUGAUCCAUUCAGUUAUUGCAGAAUUCUACCACCUACAACUCCAGAACCAGUAAUUGAUCCUUGCAGUAACUCACCCUGUGGAUCCAAUGCUGAAUGUCUCAACGGUGUAUGCACUUGUUUGCCAGAAUAUCACGGUGAUCCUUACAGAGGUUGCAGACCAGAAUGUGUAUUACACACAGAUUGUCCAAGAGAUAAGACUUGUAUAAGAAAUAAAUGUAAAGACCCAUGUCCUGGAAUCUGCGGACAAAAUGCUGAAUGUACUGUUAUUAACCAUAUCCCAACUUGUUCUUGCAUUGCGGGAUACACUGGAAGCGCCUUUAUACAAUGUAAUCCCAUACCAGUUGAAUUGCCAAAGAAUCCUUGUAAUCCUACACCUUGUGGUCCAAACAGUCAAUGUCGGGAAAUAAACAGUCAAGCUGUCUGUUCUUGCGUACCAGGUUUUAUCGGAUCACCACCAACUUGCAGACCAGAGUGUGUUGCAAGCACAGAAUGUUCUCUAAACGAAGCUUGUGUUAAUCAGAAAUGUAUAGAUCCAUGUCCAGGAACUUGUGGAAUAAACACUCAAUGUCAAGUCGUAAACCAUAACCCAAUCUGCAGUUGUAGGGAAAGGUUUAGUGGAGAUCCUUUCACCAGAUGCUCGUUAAUAAUUGAAGAAACAGUUGUUGUUCCUACAAAUCCGUGCCAGCCGUCUCCUUGUGGCGCAAAUUCUGAAUGUAGACCAGUCGGGGAUUCUCCAUCCUGUACUUGCUUGCCAGACUUUACAGGCUCUCCUCCAAACUGUAAACCAGAAUGUAUUAGUAACUCAGAGUGUGCUAAUCAUUUAGCAUGUAUAAAUCAGAAAUGUAAAGAUCCUUGUGUUGGUGUUUGUGGUUCAAAUGCCGAAUGUAGAGCUAUAAGUCAUACUCCAAAUUGUCUGUGCCCUGCUGGGUUUACAGGAGAUCCUUUCAGCCAAUGUUUGCCUCAGCCACAAGUCAUACCUACUGAAAUACUAUCUCCAUGUUCUCCUUCUCCAUGUGGAGCCAAUGCGGUUUGUAGACAACAAAAUGGUGCUGGAUCGUGUUCUUGCUUACCAGAAUACAUAGGCAAUCCCUACGAAGGAUGUAGACCAGAAUGUACUCUAAAUUCAGAUUGUCCUUAUGAUAAAACAUGUGUCAGAAAUAAGUGCAUCGAUCCCUGUCCUGGUACUUGUGGCCAAAACAGCGACUGUCAAGUAGUUAAUCAUUUAGCAUCUUGUACAUGCCGAAUUGGUUAUACUGGUGAUCCAUUUAGAUUCUGUCGAGUAUUACCACCAGAGCCGAUAGUAGAAGAACGUCCUCAAAAUCCUUGUAGUCCUAGCCCUUGUGGUCCAAACAGUCAAUGCAAAAAUGUAAACAGCCAAGCCGUCUGUUCUUGCCUGCCCAAUUAUAUAGGAAGUCCACCCGGUUGUAGGCCUGAAUGUACAGCAAGUGCUGAAUGUCCACAAAAUAAAGCUUGCAUCAAUCAAAAAUGCACAGAUCCAUGCGCAGGCAAUUGUGGGUUAAAUACAGAUUGUAAAGUCAUAAACCAUAGUCCUAUAUGCAUAUGCAGAGGAGGUUACACUGGAGAUCCAUUUUCUAGGUGCUAUCCUACACCUCCUCCUGUACCUGAACCAGUAAUACCAGUAAUUUCAAAUCCAUGUGUACCAUCACCAUGUGGGCCAAAUAGCAUUUGUAGAGACACCGGAAACUCGCCAUCCUGCUCAUGUUUACCAAACUAUAUAGGCACUCCACCAAACUGUAGGCCUGAAUGCACGAUUAAUUCUGAGUGUGCCAGUAAUUUAGCUUGCAUUAGACAAAAAUGUACUGAUCCUUGCCCUGGAUCUUGCGGAGCUGGUGCUGUAUGUAGUGUCACAAAUCAUAAUCCCAUAUGUUCAUGUCCCGAGGGAUUCACUGGCGAUCCGUUUACCUACUGCCAACUAAAACCAAAGGAAGUGACACCAGUUAUAACAGAUCCAUGCAAUCCUAGCCCUUGCGGAGCAAAUACACAGUGCAAUGACGGAGUAUGUUCCUGUUUACCUGAAUAUCAGGGUGAUCCUUACGCUGGUUGCAGGCCUGAAUGUGUAUUAAACAACGAUUGUCCAAGAAAUAAGGCUUGUGUGCGAAACAAAUGCAUAGAUCCAUGUGUAGGUACUUGUGGCCAGAAUGCUGAAUGUGCUGUUUUAAAUCAUAUUCCUGUAUGUAGCUGUAGAGAUGGUUUUACAGGAAGUGCUUUUAUAUUAUGCAGAGAAAUAGAACGUCCACCACCUGCUAAUCCAUGUUCUCCAAGUCCAUGUGGUCCAAACAGUCAAUGUAGAGAAAUUAACGGACAAGCAGUUUGUUCUUGUGUCCCAGGAUUUAUCGGUUCUCCUCCAUCUUGUAGACCUGAAUGUGUAACUAGUUCAGAAUGUGCUCUAAAUGAAGCGUGUCAAAACCAAAAAUGUGCCAAUCCAUGUCUUGGUAGUUGUGGAAUAGGAGCACUUUGUCAAGUUGUCAAUCAUAAUCCCAUUUGCAGUUGUCCACCCAAGUACAGCGGUGAUCCAUUUACACGAUGUCUGUUGAUACAAGAAGUAGUGGCGCCUCCAAGUCAUCCGUGUUCUCCAUCACCAUGCGGACCUCAUUCACAAUGCAAGGAAAUAGGCGACGCUCCAGCUUGCACCUGCUUAGAAGGUUUUCUCGGAUCCCCUCCAAAUUGCAAACCAGAGUGUAUCAGCAAUUCUGAAUGUGCCAAUCAUUUGGCUUGUAUCAACCAAAAAUGUAAAGACCCAUGUCCAGGCACUUGUGGUUCUAACGCAGAAUGUAGAGUCGUCAGUCACACACCCAACUGUGUUUGUUUACCUGGAUAUCAAGGAGAUCCUUUCAGUUAUUGCAAUAUACCAAUACCAGUUCUAAACGAGGUUUUAUCACCUUGCAAUCCUUCACCAUGUGGAGCUAAUGCAGAAUGUAGAGAACAAAAUGGAGCAGGAUCUUGUGCAUGUCUUAGAGAUUACUUAGGCAACCCUUACGAAGGCUGUAGACCUGAGUGUACUAUUAACUCAGAUUGCCCAUCCAACAAAGCAUGUUCAAACAAUAAAUGCAAAGAUCCCUGCCCGGGAACUUGUGGAUCAAACGCUGUUUGCCAAGUCAUAAGCCAUGUUCCAUCUUGUACAUGUAAUAUCGGAUACACUGGUGAUCCUUUCAGAUUCUGUUCUUUGAUUCCUAAUAAACCGGUUAUUGAAGAGCCGUCAAAUCCCUGCCAAAAUUCGCCUUGUGGACCAAAUAGCCAAUGUCGUGAAGUAAACAAACAAGCAGUAUGUUCUUGUUUACCAGAAUAUUCUGGUAGUCCUCCAAAUUGUAGACCAGAAUGUGUAGUUAGUACAGAAUGUCCCCAAAAUAGAGCUUGUAUAAACCAAAAAUGUGCUGACCCUUGUCCGGGUACUUGUGGAAUAGGAGCUACAUGCCAAACUAUCAACCACAGUCCUAUAUGUUCUUGUAGAAAUGGUAAUACUGGUAAUCCAUUCACAAGAUGUUAUCCGCUACCACCUCCACCACCCGAAACAGUCGAAGUGAAAAACCCUUGUGUUCCUUCUCCAUGUGGACCAAGCUCUCAAUGCCAAGAACGUGCCGGUUCAGCAGUAUGCUCUUGUCUGCCUGAUUUUAUCGGUAGUCCACCCAACUGUAGACCCGAAUGUACCAUUAACUCAGAAUGUGCUAGCAACUUGGCGUGUAUCAAUCAAAAAUGUAAAGAUCCUUGUAUAGGGGCCUGCGCCAUUAACGGCUUGUGUAACGUCAAUAAUCAUGUACCCACAUGUACUUGUCCAGAUGGUUAUACAGGAGAUCCGUUUAAUAAUUGUGUUCUAAAACCUGUCAUACAGCCCUCAGUUGAACAAGAUCCUUGCAAUCCCAGUCCAUGUGGAGCAAAUGCUGAAUGCAGUAACGGUAUUUGUAGUUGUAUCACCGAUUACCAAGGAGAUCCCUAUAGGGGAUGUAGACCUGAAUGUAUAAUAAAUACCGAUUGUCCAAGGAAUAAAGCUUGCAUAAGACAGAAGUGUAAAGACCCAUGUCCUGGCACAUGUGGACAAAAUGCUGAAUGUUCCAUUUUCAACCAUAUUCCAGUAUGCUCUUGUAUUCCUGGAUACACAGGAAAUGCUUUUGUAUUAUGUAAUCCAGUAAGAGAAGUCCGACCCAAUGUCAAUCCAUGCCAACCCUCACCUUGUGGUCCAAAUAGCGAAUGCAGAGAAAUCAAUCAACAAGCAGUGUGUUCUUGCAUAGUUGGUUACAAAGGAUCUCCACCAACUUGCAGACCAGAAUGUAUAUCUAGUUCAGAAUGUCCACUCAACGAAGCAUGUGUUAAUCAGAAAUGUAUAGACCCUUGCCCUGGCACUUGUGGUUUAAAUGCAAAUUGUCAAACUGUCAAUCAUAAUCCUAUUUGUAGUUGUCCUCCUCGACACACUGGAGAUCCAUUUACAAGGUGUCUCCUCUUUGUUGUAGAGCCUGUUGAAGUUCCGACUAAUCCGUGCCAACCAUCUCCCUGCGGCCUAAACGCUGAAUGUAGAGAAAUUAAUGGUUCCCCAUCUUGUUCCUGCUUGCCGGAAUAUCUAGGGGUACCACCAAACUGUAGACCGGAAUGUACUAAUAACAUGGAAUGUGCCAGCAACUUAGCAUGUAUAAACAAGAAAUGUGUCAACCCUUGCUCCGGAAUGUGUGGACAGAAUGCAGAGUGCCGCGUUGUCAGUCAUACGCCGAUAUGUGUUUGUGCUCAAGGCUAUACAGGAGACGCUUUUAUAUCUUGUCACAUCGAUCAAGUAGAAACUGCAAUAGAAAAUAUUUCACCAUGUGUACCAUCACCUUGUGGACCAAACGCACAAUGUAUACCUAGAAAUCGAGUAGGUUCUUGUACAUGCAUGCCCGAAUACAUAGGAAACGCUUAUGAAGGCUGCAGACCAGAAUGUUCCUUGAACACGGAUUGUCCCCCAAAUAAAGCAUGUGUUAAAAACAAAUGUGUGGAUCCAUGUCCAGGAACAUGUGGACAAAAUUCCAACUGCCAAGUAUUACAACACUUGCCCUCUUGUACUUGCAUACCUGGCUACACAGGAGAUCCAUUUAGGUUCUGCAGUAUACAGAUUGUGGAAAUUCCUAAACCACAAAUGCCAUGCCAACCGUCGCCAUGUGGCCCCAAUAGUCAAUGUCGUGAGGUAAAUGAACAAUCAGUAUGUUCUUGCUUACCCAACUAUAUAGGAACUCCUCCAGGAUGUAGACCUGAAUGUACAAUAAGCUCCGAAUGUCCACAGGAUAAAGCUUGUAUAAACCAAAAGUGCAGCGAUCCUUGCCCUGGCUCUUGUGGCUUAAAUACAAAAUGUCAAGUUGUUAAUCACAGUCCUAUCUGUACUUGCAUCCAAGGAUAUAGUGGGGAUCCAUUUGCUAGAUGCCUACCAAUACCAACUCCUCCUAUAAAUGUUCCACUAGAACCAGUACGCGAUCCAUGUGUUCCGACGCCUUGUGGAUCAAAUUCAAUAUGUAGAAAUUUGGGUAAUUUGCCGUCUUGCUCUUGUAUAGUUGGGUAUAUGGGAAGUCCUCCAAAUUGUAGACCUGAAUGUUCCAAUAACUUCGAAUGUGCUAGCAAUUUAGCUUGUAUCAGAGAAAAAUGUGUGGACCCAUGCCCAGGAUCUUGUGGAGCUUUAGCUCAAUGCUCGGUGAUUAACCACACUCCUACAUGUUCUUGUCCUGAUGGAUAUACUGGAGAUCCUUUCUCAUACUGUCAACUAAAGCCACCUACAGUGGAACCAAUUGAGAAAGACCCAUGCAAUCCAUCACCGUGUGGAGUAAAUGCUGACUGUAGUGCUGGUGUAUGUACUUGUAGACCCGAAUACCAAGGUGAUCCUUAUAGGGAAUGCCGACCUGAAUGUGUGCUAAACAACGAUUGUCCAAGAGAUAAGGCUUGUUCUCGAAAUAAAUGCAUUGACCCAUGUGUUGGUACUUGUGGGCAAAACGCAGAAUGUGCUGUUAUUAAUCACAUACCUUCAUGCACAUGUCUAAGAGGAUAUAGAGGAAAUGCUUUCAUAAACUGUAACCAAAUUCCACCUAAAAUACCCAAAAACCCUUGCCAACCUUCACCAUGUGGUCCAAAUAGUCAGUGCAGGGAAAUCAACGGACAAGCAGUAUGUUCUUGUGUUUUAGGAUAUCUGGGAAGUCCACCAAAUUGCAGACCCGAAUGCGCGGUUUCCACAGAAUGCCCUUUAAAUCAAGCUUGUAUUAACCAAAAGUGUGUAGAUCCUUGUCCUGGUACUUGUGGUCUUAACUCUGAAUGUCAUGUCGUUAAUCACAACCCGAUAUGUAGCUGCAUCAGAGGUUAUUCAGGAGAUCCAUUUACAAGAUGCUUAGUAAUUCCUCCGGAAAAACCAGUGCAGUUAGAUCCUUGCAAUCCAUCACCAUGUGGUCCAAAUUCACAAUGCAAACCUAUAGAUGACUCCCCGUCUUGCUCAUGUUUGCCAGAAUUCACAGGUUCUCCUCCAAAUUGUCGCCCAGAAUGUGUCAGUAACUCGGAAUGUGCCAGCCAUUUGGCUUGUAUCAACCAGAAAUGCCAAAAUCCAUGUUCCAACGGAGUUUGCGGUCAAAAUGCAGAAUGCAGAGUGGUUAGUCAUACCCCUAAUUGCAUCUGUAUUAACAAUUAUGUGGGAAAUCCAUUUGUUGUUUGUUCUCCUCCACAAAAACCACCAGUAAGGGAAAUAGUGACUCCAUGCUCCCCGUCCCCUUGUGGAUCAAAUGCGCAAUGUAGAGAACAAAAUUCUGCAGGAUCUUGUGUAUGCUUACCUGAUUUUAUAGGCAACCCUUAUGAAGGUUGUAGACCAGAAUGUACACUAAAUUCUGAUUGUCCCUCUAAUAAAGCAUGUAUCAACAAUAAAUGUAAAGAUCCAUGUCCAGGAACCUGUGGGCAGAAUGCCAACUGUCAAGUUAUUAACCACCUACCAUCUUGUACUUGUAUAACAGGUUAUACUGGAGAUCCAUUCAGAUACUGUACUGUAGCUGCUGCUGUUAUCGAGGAACCUUCUAAUCCUUGUCAACCUUCUCCUUGUGGAGCUAACAGCCAAUGUCGGGAAGUCAAUAAACAAGCUGUAUGUUCUUGUUUGCCAAAUUAUAUUGGAACUCCUCCAGGCUGCAGACCAGAGUGUACAGUCAGCUCUGAAUGUGCUCAGAAUAAAGCAUGCAUAAAUCAAAAAUGUGGCGAUCCCUGUCCCGGAACUUGUGGUCUGAAUACUUUGUGUAACGUUAUUAAUCAUAGUCCUAUUUGUAGCUGUAAGGUACAGUUUACAGGAGAUCCGUUCUCAAGAUGCUAUCCCAUUCCUCCUCAACCAGUUAUAACUAUUGAAAAACCAACACCAAACCCGUGUGUUCCUUCCCCAUGUGGUCCAAACAGUCAGUGUAGAGAGAUAGGAUCUACCCCAUCUUGCUCUUGUUUGCCUAAUUACAUCGGUUCACCUCCAAACUGUAGGCCAGAGUGUGCCAUUAACUCUGAAUGUUCUAGCAACCUAGCUUGUAUAAAUCAAAAAUGCGCGGAUCCUUGUCCAGGUUCUUGUGGAUCGUUGGCUCAAUGUAAUGUUUUUAAUCAUAUCCCAACGUGUACUUGUCCCGAAGGAUAUUCAGGAGAUCCGUUUAGUUAUUGUCAACUUAAACCAGUGAUUACAGAACCUGUUCAACUUGAUAAAUGUAACCCAUCACCGUGUGGACCAAACGCUGAAUGUAAUGAAGGAAUAUGUACAUGUUUACCAGAAUAUCAAGGUGAUCCUUACAUAGAAUGUCGACCAGAAUGUGUACUAAAUAAUGAUUGUCCUAAAAACAAGGCUUGUGUAAGAAAUAAAUGUAAAGAUCCAUGUCCUGGUACUUGUGGACAAAACGCAGAAUGCUCUGUAGUCAACCACGUCGCUAUUUGCUCCUGUAUACCUGGAUACCAAGGCAAUGCUUUCGUACUUUGCUCCAAGUCCAUAGUACCUCAAAAGGUUAACCCAUGCAACCCAACACCUUGCGGACCAAACAGUCAAUGUAGAGAAAUUAAUGAACAAGCAGUUUGUUCGUGUGUUCCAGGAUUCAUAGGCUCUCCUCCAACUUGUAGGCCUGAAUGUGUGUCUAGUUCAGAAUGUGCCCUUAACAGAGCUUGUGUUAACCAAAAAUGUAUCGAUCCUUGUCCGGGAACUUGUGGAAUAAACGCUCUGUGUCAAGUGGUAAACCACAAUCCAAUAUGUAGCUGCCAGCCAGGUCAAAGCGGAGAUCCAUUUACACGAUGUGUGACAAUCAAAGUGGAACCAGUUGAACAAGUUUUCCCAUGUCAACCAUCCCCUUGUGGACCUAAUUCCCAAUGUCGUGAUAUCAGUGGUUCGCCAUCUUGUUCUUGUUUACCAGAAUUUACCGGUACUCCACCCAACUGUCGCCCCGAAUGCGUCAGUAACUCAGAAUGUGCGUCCAAUUUAGCCUGUAUCAAUCAAAAAUGUAAAGACCCAUGCCCUGGUAUUUGCGGAGAAAACGCAGAGUGUAGAACUGUUAGUCAUACCCCACAGUGCGUAUGCGCCACAGGAUAUGUAGGCAACCCAUUUUUCAGUUGUGAUUUACCACCAUCUCGGCCCAUAGAGAAACCCUCCCCAUGCCAACCCUCCCCUUGCGGAGCAAACGCCGAGUGUAGGGAACAAAACGGCGCAGGAGCUUGUAUCUGCUUACCCGACUAUAUUGGCAACCCUUACGAAGGCUGUAGACCCGAAUGCGUUCUUAGCUCUGACUGUCCCUCGAAUAGAGCUUGUAUGAGAAAUAAAUGCCAAGACCCUUGCCCUGGAACUUGUGGCCAAAACGCCAAUUGCCAAGUUGUGAAUCAUUUGCCUUCUUGUACGUGCAUUCCUGGAUAUUCUGGGGAUCCAUUCAACUAUUGUACUGUAAUAAUAGAGAAAAUAACUCCAACAGAAGAAAUCAAUCCUUGCCAGCCAUCACCUUGCGGCCCUAACAGUCAAUGCAAAGAAGUAAAUAAACAAGCAGUGUGUUCUUGCCUACCAAAUUACAUCGGUAGUCCACCAGGUUGUAGGCCGGAAUGUACUGUUAGCUCGGAAUGUGUUCAAAACAGAGCUUGUAUUAACCAAAAAUGCGCAGAUCCUUGUCCAGGUGCUUGUGGAUUGAAUGCUAAAUGCAAUGUUAUCAAUCACAGCCCUAUUUGUAGUUGUGAGUCUAGAUAUAUAGGAGAUCCGUUUACAAGAUGCUACCCUAUGCCUCUACCUGAACCUGAAGUAAUAAUACCAGAAAUCAAACAACCUUGCGUGCCAAACCCAUGUGGUCCUAACUCUGAAUGUCGACCCAAUGGACAAGAUUAUAUAUGCCGAUGCUUGCCAAAUUACUUCGGUCAAGCACCUAAUUGCAGGCCUGAAUGCGUAGUAAACUCUGAUUGUUCACCUAAUGUAGCUUGUAUGAAUCAAAGAUGCGUAGAUCCUUGUCCAGGUUUGUGUGGAAUACAAGCUUUUUGUAGUGUGAGAAACCAUAUUCCUUCUUGCGUUUGUCCUAAGAGAUAUACCGGAGACCCAUUCACUAGUUGUAUUCAACAACCAAUAAUUGAGCCGGAAGAGAAUGAUCCAUGCAAUCCUAACCCUUGUGGUCCCAAUGCUAGAUGUAACAACGGUGAAUGUUCAUGCUUAGCAGAAUUUAACGGAGAUCCAUAUGCAGGAUGUAGACCUGAAUGUGUGCUACAUACAGAUUGUCCUAGGGACAAAACUUGUAUAAGAAAUAAAUGCCAAGAUCCUUGCCCGGGAACUUGUGGACAAAAUGCUGAAUGCACUGUUAUCAAUCAUAUUCCUACGUGUUCUUGCGUUCGAGAAUUUACAGGAAAUGCUUUCGUAAUGUGCAAUCCAAUUCCAGUUGAAUUACCUAAAAAUCCUUGCAACCCAUCUCCAUGUGGACCAAAUAGUCAAUGUCGGGAAAUAAACCGACAGGCUGUAUGUUCUUGUGUACCAGGUUUUAUAGGAACACCACCAGCUUGUAGACCAGAGUGUGUUUCCAGUUCUGAAUGUUUGCUAAAUCAAGCUUGCGUUAACCAGAAAUGCAUAGAUCCAUGUCCUGGUACCUGUGGAAUUAACGCAGUAUGCCAAGUAGUGAAUCACAAUCCUAUAUGUAGCUGUCAAGCCAGAUUCUCAGGAGAUCCAUUCGUUAGAUGUACACCGAUAAGAGAAGAAGCUGUAGUACCAACUAACCCGUGCCAACCGUCACCUUGUGGUCCAAAUUCUCAAUGCAGAGCUAUUGGAGAUUCUCCAUCAUGUUCUUGUUUACAAGAAUUUAUCGGCACUCCACCUAACUGUAGACCAGAAUGCAUUAGUAAUUCAGAAUGUUCAUCCAAUUUAGCCUGCAUCAAUCAAAAAUGUAAAGAUCCAUGUCCAGGCACUUGUGGUUCUAACGCUGAAUGUAGAGUUGUUAGUCACUCACCUAAUUGUGUAUGUUUAUCAGGCUUCUUUGGUGACCCAUUCUUCUCGUGCCAACAAAUCGUUCAACCCGUUCCUGUAGAAAGACCAACUCCUUGCCUUCCAUCUCCAUGUGGCGCUAACGCCGAAUGCACUGAAAGAAAUGGUGUAGGAGCUUGCAAAUGUCUACCUGACUACUUAGGAGAUCCUUAUGGAGGAUGCAGACCAGAGUGUAGUAUUAAUUCAGAUUGUCCUUCAAAUAAAGCUUGUGUAAACAAUAGAUGUAAAGAUCCGUGUCCUGGAGUCUGUGGUCUCAAUGCUGUAUGUCAAGCAGUAAACCAUCUAGCUUCUUGUACUUGCCUAACUGGCUACCAGGGAGAUCCGUACAAAUAUUGCAACCUCGUACAAAAUCUCAUAGAAACUCCAACAAAUCCUUGCCAACCGUCACCUUGUGGACCAAAUAGUCAAUGCCGUGAAAUAAAUGAACAGGCCGUUUGUUCUUGUUUGCCAAGUUAUAUAGGUACUCCACCAGGUUGCAGACCCGAAUGUACUGUAAGCUCCGAAUGUAGUCACGACAAAGCAUGCGUCAAUCAGAAAUGUGUGGAUCCAUGUCCAGGUACUUGUGGACUAAACGCCAAUUGUCAAGUGAAUAGACACAGCCCGAUAUGCAGCUGUCAGAACGGAUUCACGGGAGAUCCAUUUACUAGGUGUUAUCAUAUAUUUACACCACCUCCCGACCGUAUUUUACCUAUCAAUCCAUGUGUACCUUCACCUUGUGGAGCUAACAGUCAAUGUAGAGAUAUCGGAGGUGUACCUUCCUGCUCUUGCUUACCUGAAUAUAUCGGCAGCCCUCCAUCAUGCAGGCCAGAAUGUACUAUUAAUUCUGAAUGUUCUACUGAUCUUGCUUGUAUCAAUCAAAAAUGCAAAGAUCCUUGUCCAGGUUCUUGUGGAUUCCAAGCUAUAUGUAAUGUUAUAAAUCAUGUAUCUACUUGUACUUGCAUCGAAGGGUAUACUGGUGAUCCAUUUACCAGUUGUCAGCCAAAACCGCUUGUGGUCGACGUAACAGAAGAUCCAUGCAAUCCUAGCCCUUGUGGUGCUAAUGCAGAAUGUAAUAAUGGUAUUUGCACGUGUGCCCUUGAGUAUCAUGGAGACCCGUACUCAGGAUGUAGACCAGAAUGUUUGCUAAAUAACGAUUGUCCAAGAAACAAAGCAUGCGUCAGGAAUAAAUGCAUAGAUCCUUGCCCAGGAACAUGUGGACAAAAUGCUGAAUGUGCUACCAUCAAUCACAUACCCAGUUGUACGUGUUUACAAGGAUUUGAAGGCAAUGCUUUUAUCCUUUGUAAUCCUAUAUCAGUUCAAAUACCCAAGAGCCCAUGUAAUCCAUCACCAUGCGGACCAAAUAGUCAAUGUAGAGAAAUUAAUGAGCAAGCAGUAUGUUCAUGUGUCCCAGGUUUCAUAGGAUCACCUCCAACUUGUAGGCCAGAAUGUGUAUCGAGUUCCGAAUGUGCUUUAAAUAGGGCUUGUGUAAAUCAAAAAUGUAUCGAUCCAUGCCCAGGAACUUGCGGAAUUAACGCCCUGUGUCAAGUUGUCAAUCAUAAUCCAAUUUGUAGUUGUCAACCCGGACAAAGCGGAGAUCCGUUUACAAGAUGUCUACCAAUAAGAGAAGAACCAAAUAUUCCUAAACAACCUUGCCAACCGUCUCCAUGCGGACCGAACUCUCAAUGCCGUGAAGUUGGAGACGCUCCUUCUUGUUCUUGUCUACCUGAAUUCGUCGGUACUCCACCUAAUUGUAGGCCUGAAUGUGUGAGCAAUUCAGAAUGUGCUAGUAACUUGGCAUGCAUCAAUCAAAAAUGCAAAGACCCAUGCCCAGGAUCGUGUGGACAAAACGCCGAAUGUAGAGUUGUUAGCCACACACCAAAUUGUGUAUGCCUGUCCAAUUUCCAAGGAAAUCCAUUCAUACAAUGUCUACCGAAAAUAGAAAUAGAUAUUAUUGAAAAACCUACACCAUGUAUACCUUCACCUUGUGGAAUUAAUGCUGAAUGUCGAGAACAAAAUGGCGCAGGAGCUUGCAUCUGUAUUAGAGAUUACAUAGGUAAUCCUUACGAAGGAUGCAGGCCAGAAUGUACACUGAACUCAGAUUGUCCAUCCAACAAGGCUUGUAUAAACAAUAAAUGUAAAGAUCCUUGCCCAGGAACAUGUGGCUUAAAUGCUGAAUGCCAAGUUAUCAACCACUUACCAGCUUGCGUUUGUAUCACUGGAUUUACAGGAGACGCAUUUAAAAAUUGCAGAGUUGUUGAACCAAUCAUAGAAGAAAAACCAAAUCCAUGUCAACCUAGUCCUUGUGGUCUAAAUAGCCAAUGUCGUGAAGUUAACAGUCAAGCUGUUUGCUCUUGCUUACCAGAAUACACAGGAAGCCCACCAAAUUGUAGACCAGAAUGUACAGUGAGCUCAGAAUGUGCUCACAACAAAGCAUGUUUAAAUCAGAAAUGUAUAGACCCCUGUCCUGGAACAUGUGGAUUAAACACUAAGUGCGAUGUUAUUAAUCACAGUCCUAUUUGUAGUUGCCAAAACGGUCACACUGGUGACCCAUUCACCAGAUGCUACCCUAUACCACCUCCUAUACCAGAUAUAAUUGAAGUGAAAAAUCCUUGCGUACCUUCCCCAUGUGGACCAAACAGUCAAUGCCGUGAUGUAGGAGGAGCACCAUCUUGCUCUUGUCUUCCAGAUUACGUUGGACUUCCUCCAAAUUGCCUUCCAGAAUGUUCAGUACACUCAGACUGUGCCAGCAACUUGGCCUGUAUUAGAUUGAAAUGUCGAGAUCCAUGUCUUGGAGCUUGUGGAUCUUCCGCUGUUUGUAAUGUUGUUAAUCACAUUCCAGUAUGUCUUUGUCCAGAGGGUUACACCGGAGAUCCAUUUAGUUAUUGUCAAAUUAAACCAGCUAUUAUUGAACCUGUAGAAAAAGAUGAUUGUAACCCAUCGCCUUGUGGGCCUAAUGCGGAAUGUAAUAACGGAAUAUGUACUUGCUUACCAGAAUAUCACGGUGAUCCUUAUAGGGAAUGUAGGCCUGAAUGCGUUCUAAAUACUGAUUGCGCAAGACAUUUAUCUUGUAUAAAUAAAAAAUGCAAAGAUCCUUGUCCUGGUACAUGUGGACAGAAUGCUGAAUGUUCCGUAUAUAAUCACAUUCCCACUUGUACAUGCAAUGAAGGUUUUCGAGGCAACGCUUUUGUACUGUGUCAACCUAUACCAGAUGAAAUUCCGAAACAUCCAUGCAAUCCAACACCUUGUGGUCCAAAUAGUCAGUGUAGAGAAAUAAACGGUCAAGCUGUCUGUUCUUGCGUCCCUGGUUUUAUCGGAUCCCCACCAACUUGUAGACCUGAGUGCGUAACGAGCACAGAAUGUUCUUUGAACGAAGCUUGUGUAAAUCAAAAAUGUAUAGAUCCAUGUCCAGGAACUUGUGGCCUUAACACAAAUUGCCAAGUAGUAAAUCACAAUCCUAUUUGUGUUUGUUUGCCAAGAUAUAGCGGAGAUCCAUUCACUAGAUGUUUACCAAUCAGAGAAGAGCCCGAAGAAACACCAAAUCCCUGUCUACCGUCACCGUGUGGUCCAAACGCACAAUGUAGGGAAAUAAAUGGUUCGCCUUCAUGUUCUUGCUUACCAGAGUUUGUUGGUUCACCUCCCAAUUGCAAACCAGAAUGUAUCAGCAAUUCUGAAUGUGCCAAUCACUUGGCUUGUAUAAACCAAAAAUGUAAAGACCCUUGUCCAGGAAUAUGUGGCCAAAAUGCCGAAUGUAGAGUAGUCAGUCAUACACCUAACUGUGUAUGUAUUCAAGGCUAUGUCGGUGAUCCCUUCGGACGAUGCGAACCACCCCAACAUAACAAGAUUGAACUAGUACAUCCAUGUAUGCCAUCGCCUUGCGGUGCCAAUGCCGUUUGCAAAGAACUAAACAACGCAGGAUCAUGCACCUGUUUACCAGAAUAUAUAGGAAAUCCGUACGAAGGUUGUAGACCGGAAUGUGUAUUAAAUUCUGAUUGCCCAUAUAAUAGAGCUUGCGUUAGGCAAAAAUGCGUCGAUCCUUGUCCCGGAUCAUGCGGACAAAACUCGCAAUGUCAAGUAGUCAAUCAUUUACCUUCUUGUACUUGCUUACAAGGAUAUACUGGAGAUCCGUUUGUUUUCUGUAAUGUUAUUAGAGACCCUGUACCUGUGGAGAUAAACCGUUGUCAACCAUCUCCUUGUGGACCGAACAGUCAAUGCAAAGAAGUAAAUAACCAGGCUGUUUGCUCUUGUUUACCAAAUUACAUCGGUAGCCCACCAGGUUGUAGACCGGAAUGUACUGUUAGCUCGGAAUGUGCUCAAAACAGAGCUUGUAUUAAUCAAAAAUGCGUAGACCCAUGUCCAGGCACUUGCGGUCAAAAUACCAAAUGUGAUGUGAUUAAUCAUAGUCCUAUUUGCCGAUGUGCCAACGGUCACACCGGUGAUCCAUUUACUAGAUGCUACCCAAUAGAACCUCUAAUUGAAAAACCAGUAUUCGUUCACCCGUGCGAUCCAUCGCCAUGUGGUUCCCAUGCUAUUUGUCAAGACGUCAAUGGUAUACCAUCUUGCUCUUGUAUAUCAGGUUACUUAGGUGCUCCACCCAACUGUAGGCCUGAAUGUACGAUUAAUUCAGAAUGUCCCAGUAAUUUUGCUUGCAUAAGAGAAAAGUGUAGGGAUCCAUGUCCAGGAUCUUGUGGAAUAGAUGCAAAAUGUAACGUAUAUAACCAUAUACCAACAUGCACUUGCCUUGAAAGUUUCACAGGAGAUCCGUUUACCAGAUGUAACCAAAUUAUAGUGAUACCAGAUGUUAAACGCGAUCCAUGCAACCCAUCUCCUUGUGGUUCUAAUACUCUUUGUAACGACGGUAUAUGUACUUGUAUAGCCGAAUACUAUGGUGAUCCUUACCAAGGAUGCAGACCUGAAUGUUUAUUAAACAAUGAUUGUCCCAAAAACAAAGCUUGCAUCAGAAACAAAUGUGCUGACCCUUGCCCUGGAACAUGCGGCCAAAAUGCUCAAUGUAGUGUUAUCAAUCAUAUACCAUCAUGUUUCUGCGGAGAAGGACUUACUGGCAAUGCUUUCUUCUCAUGUUCACCAAUACCAGCUUCGGUACCAAAGAACCCUUGCAAUCCAACACCUUGUGGUCCAAAUAGUCAAUGUAGGGAAAUAAACGGUCAAGCUGUCUGUUCUUGCGUUCCUGGUUUUAUCGGAUCCCCACCAACUUGUAGACCUGAGUGCGUAUCAAGUACAGAAUGUUCCCUGAACGAAGCUUGUGUAAAUCAAAAAUGUAUAGAUCCAUGUCCAGGAACUUGUGGAAUCAACACAAAUUGCCAAGUAGUAAAUCACAAUCCUAUUUGUGUUUGUCUGCCAAGAUAUAGCGGAGAUCCAUUCACUAGAUGUUUACCAAUCAGAGAAGAGCCCGAAGAAACACCAAAUCCUUGUUCACCAUCACCGUGUGGUCCAAACAGUCAAUGUAGAGAAAUUAACGGUUCGCCUUCUUGCUCAUGUUUACCAGAAUUUAGAGGAACACCACCGAACUGUAGACCUGAAUGUGUUAUCAAUACCGACUGUCCAACUAAUUUAGCUUGUGUGAACCAAAAAUGUAAAGAUCCUUGCCCAGGUGUAUGUGGAACUAAUGCCGAAUGUAGAGUAAUAUCUCAUUCGCCCAACUGCGUCUGUCUACUAGGAUUCUCAGGUAAUGCCUUCGUACAAUGUUCUGUUUUCACACCUCAACCAGCUGAACAAAUAAAACCAUGUAUACCAUCACCAUGUGGUGCAAAUGCUAUCUGCAAAGAAAGAAACAAUGCUGGUUCCUGCGUCUGUCUUCCGGACUACCUAGGAAAUCCUUAUGAAGGAUGUCGACCUGAGUGUUCCGUUAAUUCCGACUGUCCAUUCAAUAAAGCUUGUAUUAACAACAAAUGUAAGGAUCCUUGUCCAGGAACUUGCGGACAAAAUGCUGACUGCCAAGUCAUUAAACACCUACCAUCUUGUACUUGCAUAACAGGGUACACUGGAGAUCCGUUUAGAUACUGCACCGUUCUUAAAAUCGUUGACCCUGUCCCCGAAAAACCAUGCCAACCUUCUCCUUGCGGAGCCAACAGUCAAUGUCGUGAAGUUAAUGGCCAAGCCGUUUGCUCUUGCUUGCCAGAAUAUGUCGGUACUCCACCCGGUUGUAGACCAGAAUGUACUGUUAGUACAGAAUGUGUUCAUAACAAAGCUUGCGUCAAUCAAAAAUGCGUUGAUCCAUGCCCAGGUACUUGCGGUAUUAAUGCUCAAUGUAAAGUUGUCAACCACAACCCUAUUUGUACUUGUACAAAUGGUAACACCGGUGAUCCAUUCACAAGAUGCUAUGCUAUUACAGCUCCUAAACCAGAUAUCACAGAACCUAAAAACCCAUGUAUACCAUCCCCAUGUGGACCAAAUAGCCAAUGUAGAGAUUUAGGAGGCCAUUCGAUGUGUCUUUGUUUGCCAGAAUAUUUCGGAAGUCCUCCAAAUUGUAAACCUGAGUGUGUUGUAAAUUCAGAAUGUCCAAGUGAUAGAGCCUGCAUUAAUCAAAGAUGCAAAGAUCCUUGUCCAGGUUCCUGUGGUAUUAGUGCCACUUGUGAAGUUCGAAAUCAUAAUGCUAUUUGUGUAUGUCCUUCGGGAUACAGUGGAGACGCUUUUACAUCAUGUUUCCCUGUUCCUCCACCAAAACCUGAGCCCAAGAACCCUUGCUAUCCUAACCCUUGUGGUCCUAAUGCACAAUGCACAGACGGUAUAUGUAAAUGUUACCCAGAAUACCAAGGUGACCCAUACGUAGAAUGUAGGCCAGAAUGUCUGGUGAACCAAGAUUGCCCACGUGAUAAAGCUUGUAUUAACAAAAAAUGUAAAGAUCCUUGCCCCGGAACUUGCGGACAAAACGCUGAAUGUACAGUAUUUAACCAUUAUCCCUCUUGUACUUGUCUGAAUGGUUAUUCUGGGAAUCCAUUCUUUAUAUGUGAUAUAAUUGUGGAACCUCCACCAGAAAAUCCAUGCUACCCAACACCUUGCGGACCGAAUAGUCAAUGUAGAGAAGCUUAUGGUCAAGCAAUCUGCUCAUGUGUGCCUGGUUAUUUGGGCACACCGCCAUCUUGUAGACCAGAAUGUGUCAGUAGCUCUGAUUGCCCGCUCAACAGAGCCUGUCUCAACCAAAAAUGCGUAGACCCUUGCCCUGGUACUUGCGGUAUUAAUGCCCUCUGUCAAGUUGUUAGUCACAAUGCCAUCUGUACUUGCCCUGAACGUUAUAGCGGAGAUCCGUUUGUAAGAUGUCAAGCGGUAGUCGUAACAGAAAAAAUAUCCACAACUGAAGUCAUUAAUCCGUGCACGCGUACUUUCUGCGGCUUAUACGCUCAAUGUGAACCAACCCCAACGGGUACCGCCAAAUGCAGUUGCCUCCCCGAUUACCUUGGUGCCCCGCCUAAUUGUCGACCGGAAUGCCAAAGCAACAGCGACUGUGCAAAGAAUUUGGCAUGUAUCAAUCUUAAAUGCAAAGACCCUUGUCCUGGCUUAUGUGGAUUGAAUGCUAGGUGUUUAGUAGUCAACAAUAUACCUAGCUGUUUGUGUACAGACGGUUAUACGGGAGAUCCGUUUACAAUGUGCCGUAUAAAAUCACCAAAACCAACACCGCUACCUGAACCAGACAACCCAUGCGUACCCACACCAUGUGGACCGAACGCUCAAUGCCGUCUUUCAGCUGGCUAUGGAGUAUGCGAAUGCCUGCCUGAGUACCACGGAAAUCCUUACGAGGGCUGUAGACCAGAAUGUAUUUCAAAUUCAGAGUGUCCGAUGAACAGGGCAUGUAUCGGGAACAAAUGCAGAGAUCCGUGUCCAGGAACCUGCGGUAUUGCUGCUGAAUGCGACACCGUCAAUCAUGUUCCAAUUUGUUCUUGUCCCAAUGAGUACACUGGGGACGCAUUUAGACAGUGCACACGAGUUCCAGAACGACCACCACGCAACCCAUGCAAUCCAUCACCAUGCGGCAUCAAUACCGUAUGUCGCGAAUCAGACCAAAACGCAAUUUGUGAAUGUCUGCCAGGUUUCUUCGGAACGCCAACUGCUGGCGGUUGUAAACCAGAGUGUACCAUCAGCGCUGAUUGUGACAGAAAUAGAGCUUGCGUCAACCAGAAAUGUAUCGACCCAUGCCCUGGCACUUGUGGAUUCGCAGCUGUUUGUAACGUCAUUAACCACAGCCCUGUGUGCAGUUGUCCACCUCCGCUCAUAGGUGAUCCUUUCACUUUAUGUAGGGAAGCUCCAAAAGAAACAAAGAAAGACCCAUGCAAUCCAUCGCCAUGCAAUAUCAACGGAGAAUGUCGAGUAAUAAAUGGUGUAGCAACCUGUUCAUAUCCGGAAUGUGUUAUAAAUCAAGAUUGUCCCAGAGAUAAGGCAUGUUAUUCUCAGAAAUGUGGAGAUCCUUGCAGAGGAGCUUGUGGGCUUAACGCGUUAUGCCAAGUUGUUAACCACAGAGCAAUAUGUUCUUGCCCUACUGGAUAUGUUGGAUCGCCGGAAGUUCAGUGUCUGAUAGAAGAUCUACCUAAACCCAAAGUUGAAUGUACCCAAGAUUCGGAUUGUACCAACGAUAGGGCUUGCCUUAACAGCAGAUGCGUGAGCCCUUGCACUACGAAUCUUUGUGGAAAUAACGCAGAGUGCCGCGUACAACUACACAGAGCAAUAUGCACUUGUAGAGACGGCUUUACUGGAAACGCCCAACAUGCUUGCUACGAAAUAGGUUGUAGAUCAGACUCAGAAUGUCCACCUACUCAAUCUUGCGUUAACAAGGAAUGUAUUGAUCCUUGCUCGUUUACAUCAUGUGGUCUAAAUGCUCUUUGCAAAGCAGAUUAUAACCACAGAGCUAGAUGUUACUGUCCCAACAACUUCAGAGGAGAUCCGUUCGUACGAUGCGAAAGACCGGAAUGUACUAGAGAUGAAGAAUGCUCUUACAAUUUAGCCUGUCGAAAUGAACGAUGCUCUGAUCCUUGUAACUGCGGUAACGGAGCUACCUGUAGAGUGACCAACCACAGACCUCAGUGCUCUUGCCCACCGGGUUAUAUGGGAAAUCCAUUGGUAGCGUGUACCGUCCAUUCUGACCCACAACCAGAAUGUAGAGCUGAUGCCGACUGUCCUAGAAAAUUGGCUUGCUUCAGUGGAGUCUGCAAGAAUCCUUGCUUCGAAACCAAUCCAUGUGGAAAGAAUACCGAAUGUAUAGUAGUAGAUAGCCUUCCUUUGAGAACCAUGUCAUGUAUGUGCUUACCUGGAUAUAUCGGAAAUGCUGAUACAGAAUGUAGACGAGAACCAAGACCCGAACCUGGAUGCAAAAGUAGUGCAGAGUGUCCAUCAACCGAUGCCUGCAUUAAUCGUCAAUGUGUGAACCCCUGCGCUUUGGGUAAUCCUUGCGCACUCAACGCUGAAUGUACACCAACCAACCACAAAGCCGUUUGCAGAUGUCCGCCAGGUCUUCUUGGAGAUCCACUCACCAAAUGUUAUCCACAACCUCAAACCAAGCCUGAGUGCCAAUCAGACUCUGAAUGCACGAAUGACAAGUCCUGUAUCAAUCAGAGAUGUCAGAACCCUUGCGAACUAACCAAUCCAUGCAGUGCUCUAGCCGAAUGUAGGACUCUCUUCCACAGACCAACGUGCUCGUGCCCACAAGGCUGGUUAGGAAAUCCACAAGUAUCCUGCUAUAAACCUGAAUGUACUUCAAAUAGUGACUGUCCAUAUGAUAAAGCUUGCAUCAAUGAAUAUUGUCAAAAUCCUUGCGCUUCGCAAUCCUGUGGAAGAGGAGCAGAAUGUAUAGUCCAACGACACGUUCCACAAUGCCAAUGUCCUUUAGGAACUCAAGGCAACCCUCUUGUUUCCUGUAUCACUGGUAUAUGUCACUACAACGAAGAUUGUGCAGAUCAUGAAGCUUGUGAUAGAUUAAACAGAGUAUGUAGACCAGUAUGUGAUGAAGAUACAUGCGCAGACAAUGCAAAGUGUGUAGGACAACAACACCAACCUAAAUGUACAUGUCCACCUAAUACUACUGGUAAUCCAUUCGUGAAAUGUAUAGGAAUAUUGCCUCCAGAACCUGAAUGUAAAUCAGAUUCAGAGUGUCUAUCUCACUUGGCUUGUAUAAACAGUCGAUGCAUGAACCCAUGCAGUACAGAAAAUGUUUGUACAGCUGAUCAAGAAUGUCUAGUACUUGAUACAUUACCUUUAAGAACUAUUAUGUGUCAAUGUCCACCUGAUACCAUAGUCGACGCAUCUGGAAAAUGCAUAAGGUUAAUUUCACCAAAACCACAAUGUAUUGUAGACUCAGAAUGUAGUGAUAGUGACAGAUGUAUCGCUGGUACUUGUAUCGAAGCUUGCAGGGUUGACAGAUGUGGUAUAAAUGCCAUUUGUACAUCAAGAAACCACCAAGCAAUAUGCACUUGUCCUCCUGGAUAUAUUGGAAACGCUCACUAUGAAUGCAACAGUAUGCCCAAAAAACCAAUCCCAUCGAAGGGCCCUGAAUGCUAUAGAGACAGUGACUGUACUUAUGAUCGAACAUGCAGAAAUGAAGAAUGUGUUAAUCCUUGUAUAGAGGACAAUCCAUGUGCUAGGAGCGCUUUCUGCUCUGCUAGGAAUCAUCAAGCUGAAUGCAGAUGUCCUGAAGGCUACGAAGGAAAUCCCAAGAUCAAUUGUAUUGCACCACUUGGCCCUACGGUUGGCUGUACAUCUAACUCAGACUGUCCCAAGAGCGAGUCUUGCAUCAACAGCAUAUGUGCAAGUCCAUGUAAUUGCGGCCCUAAUGCAGAAUGUAGAGUGCGUGACCAUUAUCCAACAUGUCUUUGCAGAUCAGGUUACUCAGGCAAUCCACAACUAGGUUGCUUCAAAUUGGGAUGUCAAUCAGAUAACGAAUGCUCCAACGACCAGCAAUGUUACAACGGCCAAUGUAUUAGUCCUUGUAUAUUAGGAAAUCCAUGUGCUAAGAAUGCCGAAUGUUACGGAAACAACCAUAGAGCUACUUGCAAAUGUUUGCCAGGUUUCGAAGGUAAUCCUGUGACCAGAUGCGAAAGAAUCGAGUGCCGAGUUGACAAUGACUGUCCAAAUAAUAGAGCAUGUAUUCAACAACGGUGUGUAGAUCCCUGCUCCGCAGUGGCUGAACCACCAUGCGCUCAGAAUGCUAUUUGCUACGUUACAAACCAUUUAGCAGGAUGUUAUUGUCCGCCAAAUCUACCAGAAGGUAAUCCACUAUCAUAUUGUAUACCUAGACAAGUUAAAGAACAGCCAGAAUGCGAAUUUGACAAUGAUUGUCCUAGUAAAUUGGCAUGUAUCAGACGUCAAUGUGUAAAUCCUUGCGAAGAACUAUCACCAUGCCACCCAACAGCUCACUGUAGUGUUUCGGACACUGUUCCAGUAAGAACAAUGAUUUGUACUUGUCCUGAAGGUUGGGUACCAAACGAAAAUGGGGAGUGUCAUCCAGUUAUAGUACCAAUACCACCAGGAUGUACCAGCGACAAUGACUGCUCAGAUAAUGAAGCUUGCAUUAACAGAUUAUGUACUAGUCCUUGUGAAUGCGGCACCAACGCAGACUGUAGAAUCCAAAACCACAGAGCUGUAUGCUCUUGUCGUGAAGGCUAUGAAGGAAAUCCAAAUCUUGUCUGCCAUGCAGUUGGUUGCAGAGUCGAUUCAGAAUGUGGCUCAGGAAAGGCUUGUAUCAACGGAAACUGUAUCAACCCAUGUCUUGUCAAUGAUAAUUGUGGAAUCAACGCAGAAUGCUACGCCCACCAAAAUAGAGCUGAAUGUAGAUGUGCUUCGGGAUACAGAGGCAAUCCACUAGAACGUUGUAUUGUCAUUGGAUGUCUCUCAAAUAGUGAUUGUCCUGGCGAUAGACAAUGUAUAAAUGCUCAAUGUAUCAACCCUUGCAUCUACGAUAAUCCUUGUUCCCCAAGAGCAGAAUGUAGUAUUCACAAUCAUCUAGCCGUUUGCAGAUGUCCUCCUGGACUCAUUGGCAAUCCAUACUUUGACUGUAAACCUGAACCCCGACCAGAAUGUAGAGAAGACUCGGAAUGUCCUUCCAGACUAGCCUGCCUUAACAACAAAUGCCAAGAUCCAUGCGCAGUUCUUGAACCAUGCCGUAGACCAGCUGAAUGUCAAGUAAUUGGAACCGUGCCUGUUCGUACAAUGAUCUGCGUUUGUCCACCAGGAUAUAUUAGCAGCGGAAGCGGUACUUGCAAUCCAGUCACCGCCAUCAAGGUGGUAGGUGCUUGUGCAAGCGACAGCGAGUGUCCAUCAGAUAAGGCUUGCUUUAACGGCAUAUGCAGAAACCCAUGCAAUUGUGGACCUAACGCCGAAUGCAGAAUCAAAGAUCACAAACCAGUUUGUACUUGCGAACAAGGAUAUGACGGAAAUCCAGAGCUGGAAUGCCACAAAGUCGGCUGUAGAGCUGACUCCGAAUGUUCACCACAACAUACAUGUGUCAACAGACAAUGCAUUCCUGUUUGUGCUUCUGAUGGUUCUUCCUGUGGAGACAAAGCAGUAUGUUACGGAUAUAACCAUCGGGCUAUUUGCGACUGUCCAGCUGGCCUUCAAGGAAACCCUAGGAUUUCUUGUACAGUGGUAGGUUGUCGAACAGACACAGACUGUCCAUCAAGUCGUGCCUGCAUCAACAGUAGAUGUGAACUACCUUGUGAAGUCGCAAAUCCAUGUGAUGCAACAUCUCUCGCUGAAUGUAAGGUCCAUAACCACGUAGUAGAAUGCAUCUGUCCACCAGGUACUGUCAGUGAUGGCAAGAUGGGUUGCAUAGUAAUAGAAGAGAAAUGCAGAGUUGAUUCGGAUUGUCCAUCACAAUUUGCUUGCAUUGGAUUUGAAUGCGUUAACCCCUGCAAGGCUACCGAACCAUGUGGAGUUAAUGCCGAAUGCACAGUUUUAAAUACUCAACCUGUAAGAACUAUGGUGUGCAUCUGCUUGCCAGGAUAUCAAGGAAAUGCUGCUGAGAAAUGCAAUCCAAUUGCAAUCUGCAGAGAAGAUAAAGGAUACAUUCAAACACCAGAUGGUCGGUGCGUCUGUGCCCCCAACUUAGCUCUCAAUGAAAACGACGAGUGUGUGCCAUGUCCUAUCGAAAAAGGUCUUAAGAUCGACGAAAGAGGUCGCUGUGUCUGCGCUCUCGAACGAGGUCUUAUUAUUGACGAACGAGGAAACUGUGUAUGCCCAAUUGAAUUCGGAUACCACUUUGACGAAAAAGGCAACUGUGUACCAGACAAAGGACCUGAAUGUGACACCGAUGACGAUUGUCCUGAUCACAAGUAUUGCAACCAAAGGAUCAAGACUUGCGAAGAUGCUUGUAUAUUGAAGCGCUGUGGAGAACACGCAUAUUGUAACGCUACAAACCAUGUUGGUAGAUGUCAGUGCAUCAAAGGCUAUACUGGAGAUCCUGAUGUGCUUUGUAAUCAAACUAGCUACUACAAAAAACAAGACUUCCCCAAACCAGACCUGACAGUUAAUUGUCUAUCAGAUGGAAUUCAAGUUGAAAUACGACUGACUGAAGUUGGUUUUAACGGUAUUCUAUAUGUUAAGGGUCACAGCAAAGACGAAAAAUGUAGACGAGUUGUUACGAUAGAAACAGGAGAAAGAGUUGAAUAUUUCAAGGUUCAUUUUGGAGAAUGUGGACUUAUUCAUGUUAAUGGAGAAGCCAGUUUCGUGCUGGUCAUCCAGAAACACCCGAAACUAGUGACCUACAAAGCCCAAGCUUACCAUAUCAAGUGUGUCUACCACACAGGCGAGCAAAACGUGACCCUGGGCUUCAAUGUUUCGAUGUUAACCACGGCAGGAACCAUCGCCAACACAGGACCACCACCAACGUGUCUGAUGAAGAUAGUCACACCCACUGGUGAGGAAAUUAACUCAGCAGAAAUCGGCGACAACUUGAUGCUUCAGGUCGACGUACAACCUGGCUCCAUCUACGGUGGAUUUGCCAGAAGUUGUGUUGCUAAAACUAUGGAAGACGCCGUGGAGAAUGAGUAUAUUGUAACAGACGAGAAUGGGUGUGCUACUGAUCCAAGCAUCUUCGGCGAAUGGGAUUAUAAUCCAGACACGCAGAGCUUGUUGGCCAGUUUCAACGCUUUCAAGUUCCCUAGUAGCGAUAAUAUUAGAUUCCAAUGUAAUAUCAGAGUGUGCUUCGGAAGAUGUCAACCGGUUAACUGUCGUGGAUAUAACGCCUUUGGCAGACGGAAGAGAUCCGUCGAAAACUCGGAAAAUGACACCGAUGUAGCUGUUGGAGGAGACCUCUUAUCUGGACAACUCAGAGAAGAAAUCACCAUCCAGUCCAAUGCCAUAUUGACUUUCGAAAAACGAGAAGAACGAUACCCAGAUCCUCAAACAGCUCCAAACGCUCAAAGAGCAGAAGAUAUCUGCGUCUCAAUGAUAGGUUUCAUCAUUGCCCUAAUAAUCACUGCCUUAUUGGCCUUGGUAGCUGUAGCUGUGGCAGUCUCCUGUUGGUUGAUGGCUUAUCGUCGCAGGCCAAAAUCUUCAGGACCACUACCGCAUCCGCCUGAGUUCCCGAACCCGCUCUUCACGACGCCGGAACCCAUGGCAGAGCCAAGUCCAGACUACCUCACAUAGAACAUUUCGAAAGAUUAUUAAUUAUUAAGUAAUACUCUAAAUUGACGAAGUAUUUUGAAGUACCGACGAUUUAAUCUUAAGGAUAAAUGAAAAUACUCGAUAGAAUCGUCAACUGUAAAUUUUUAUAGUCGAUUCGUGAUCGAUACGUUUCUUCUCGUGAAUCCGUCCAAUGCUACUCAUGAAAUACUGCCGAAAGAGAAGAACUGUCGUUCCGAACGAACAUAGCGAAUAUACUAUAGUUUAAACUUUAGAAAUGUGUACCAACGUCCUAAUAAGACCAACACGAAGAAUCUGAAGAGAAGAGGUGUAGCCAACGAAGUCGACGGAUACACAUUUCUACUAUCUUUUCCAUUGGCUGAAAUUAACCAGUGUUCUUUUAGAGACAAGGGAAAAAUUGGGUGGUGGUUUUUAACGCUUUAACAAAAAUUUUCUCGGAUCUACAAUACGGCCCUUGCUUUUACCUACGUAUCUCUUGUAACGUUUCGACUCUUUUGUAUAUAUUAAGUGAUGUUUCAUCUAAGCAGCCUUUGGAAGACGUAGCCAAUAUAGCAUCUAAGUUAAAUAUAUGAAUAUUCUCUGAGCCUGUAUAAAGUGUAUGAAUGAGAAUCGAGUGUGGAGUUAUGGCUCCAGAAGUUGUAGCUCCAGAAUUAUAUGGUGCUGACUGAUUUUUUUAUACUUGAAACAGUCAAACUUUAGUCAAUCGAUUUUUUUUAAAUAGUACCUACCUAUUAUAUUUUUUAUGUAAUUUAUAAGUUGUGAGAAUUCGUUUAACCAAUAUAAUAAAUUUCAGUAGUAUUUAUUUUAAACAACGAAUCUCUCUACAAGUUUCUAAAAUUGAUUGAAUGACUACGCUAUUUUUAACUAAUUUCAUUUUUAUUUAUAUUUUGUGUCCUUUUUUGUGUAAAAUGACUUCUAACGAUAAUUUCUUAAAAAUUGUCAUUUGUGAUAAUCGCUUCUUUAAUAAAAAAUGAUUUGUUUAAUAC